GUGGUGGGCGGGGUCUGGGGACAAGAGGGAGCCCUCCCCUCCCCCUCCCUCCCUCCCGCCCCCCCCCGCCCCGCUCGGCAGCAUCAGCAUCUCGCCCCUCCCUCCUGUUUUGCUCCUUCAUUCUCUCGCAUCCGCGGAGGCAGCAGCUGCUUCUGCUGAGCUGCAAUGAAUGAGGCUCCCGCCCGGGGAGCCCGGAGCCUUGCCCGGCCGCGCCGCCGCCUGGAACCGCCGGUGGGUCUCCUCGGGAGGAGGCGCGGGCACUAGGCGGGCAGCCAGGGAGGCAGCUUGCCCCGCGCGAAGGUAGGAAGCGAGGCCAACCAGCCAGCCAGCCAGCUAACCAGCCCCCUCGCUCCAAAACAAGACCUCCCCCCCCAGCCCUGCCCAGCCUUGCCCAGCGGCGGGAUGCGCCAGGAUGGGUGGCCCUGGGCGCUCCAGGGCUGCGGCGGGAUGCCCGGAGCGGGUCACGCCUAGCCGCAUCCAUUGUGCCCAGCGAGGGGACCGCUAGCCGCCGCCACCGCAGCCUCCUGUCAGCAGCGGUGCCAGUGUCGCAGCAGCAACAGCAGCAGCCCCAGGGAGGAGAAGCCCCCAUGCCCAGCCCGCCCCCCUGAUAGCCACAGGUCGAGGGGGAGCCCGCCAGGGGCAAGGGAGGCGCCAUGGCCACCCGGCCGCCCAAGAGCAGCGAGGCCCUGAAGGUGGUGGUGCGCUGCCGGCCGAUGCACCGGAAGGAGGAGGCGGCAGGCUACGAACGGAUCCUGGAGCUGGACGUCAAGCUGGGGCAGGUGACCAUCCGGAACCCCAAGGCCUCCCCGGGGGAGCUGGCCAAGACCUUCACCUUUGACGCCGUCUACGACGCCAGCUCCAAGCAGGCCGACCUGUACGACGAGACCGUGCGCCCGCUGAUCGACUCGGUGCUGCAGGGCUUCAACGGGACCAUCUUCGCCUACGGGCAGACGGGCACGGGCAAGACCUACACCAUGCAAGGCGCCUGGGCCGACCCGGAGAAGAGGGGCGUCAUCCCCAUCUCCUUUGAGCACAUCUUCACCCACAUCUCCCGCUCGCAGAACCAGCAGUACCUGGUGAGGGCCUCCUACCUGGAGAUCUACCAGGAGGAGAUCCGGGAUCUGCUGGCCAAGGACCAGAGCAAGAAGAUGGAGCUGAAGGAGAACCCGGAGACCGGCGUCUACAUCAAGGACCUGUCCUCCUUUGUGACCAAGAACGUCAAGGAGAUCGAGCACGUCAUGAACCUGGGGAACCAGGCGCGCUCGGUCGGCAGCACCAACAUGAACGAGUACAGCUCCCGCUCGCAUGCCAUCUUCGUCAUCACGGUGGAGUGCAGCGAGGAGGGGCCCGACGGAGAGGACCACAUCCGCGUGGGGAAGCUGAACCUGGUGGAUCUGGCCGGGAGCGAGCGCCAGAGCAAGAUGGGCACCCAGGGGGAGCGCCCCAAGGAGGCCUCCAAGAUCAACCUGUCUCUCUCCGCCCUGGGCAACGUCAUCUCGGCCCUGGUGGACGGCAAGAGCACCCACAUCCCCUACCGGGACUCCAAGCUCACCCGCCUGCUCCAGGACUCCCUGGGCGGGAACGCCAAGACCAUCAUGGUGGCCACGCUGGGCCCGGCCUCGCACAGCUACGACGAGAGCCUCUCCACGCUGCGCUUCGCCAACAGGGCCAAGAACAUCAAGAACAAGCCGCGGGUCAACGAGGACCCCAAGGACACGCUCCUGCGGGAGUUCCAGGAGGAGAUCACCCGGCUGAAGGCCCAGCUGGAGAAGAGGGGGAUGCUGAGCAAGAAGAGGAGGAGGAACAGCCGGAGGAAGAAGUCGGCCGGAGGGGAAGGGACCCCCGAGGCGGAGGACGGAGAGGAGGACGGAGGGCUGGAGAAGGACAUGAAGAACUACCUGAAGGAGCAGGAGGAGAGGCUGGAGGAGGAGAAGGCAGCCAUCCAGGACGACCACAGCCUGGUGAGCGAGGAGAAGCAGAAGCUGCUGCAGGAGAAGGAGAAGAUGAUCGAGGAGCUGCGGAAGGAGCAGGAGGCCACGCAACUCCUGGCCACAAAGUAUAAGGUAAGGCUCGGGCGUUUCUAGGUGGCGCUUUGCACAUGCACGCAGCGACUGCGCAGCGCCCACACCAGCCCUGCAAGGCUGGGCCUUGUAUUCAUGGAAUCGUAGAAUGGUAGAGAUGGAAGGGACUCUAUGAACCUCCUGCAAUGCAGGAAUCAUAGCUAAAGAAUCCAGCCUCUGUUUAAGACCACCUUUCGAGGGAGACCGUUCCACUGCUGAACAGAAGGUUCUUCCUCAUGUUGAAUCUCCUCUGUUGUCAUUUGAACCCAUUGCUCGGGGUCCUUCCUUCCAGAACAGGAGAAAACAAGCUUGCACUGUCUUCCGUAUCUGAAGAUGGCUCUCAUUUCAUCUUUCAGUCCCCUCUUUUCCAGGCUAAACAUACCCCGCUCCCUCAAGUGUAUCCAGGCCCAUUACUCAAGUGAGCAAGCAGGGGGGUGGGACAAAGACUCUGCAAAGGACAUCCAGGCUGCCUUCAAGGCCACAUGCACGAUGGUUGAAGGCAGCCCUUUGGCAGGCUUGCCCACUUCCCCUCCCAACGCUCUCCCUUCCAUUGGAGGUGAAGCCGUGUUCUGGUUCACAGAGCUGACUGUCCGUGGUCCUGGGGGUGUUAACUAUCUGAGGAAUGGUGGGAUCCUGCACCCGGCGGCUCCGGGGACCCACGGCUCACGUUCCGCCUGCCGGGCCGUGCACCUGGGUCUCCGGCUUGCGCUGGCCGCAGUGGCGGCUGGGCCGGCUGCCUCGGUUUCUGCGCUGUCACGUCUGAGAUUCCUUUGCAGGGGCUGUCAGAGGCUCCUCCAUCUGGCCUCCUCGCAGUGGGAGGGGCUGAGCCGAGGGGGCAACAAAGCCCAGGAGGGGGUCCGGGGCUAAUCAGCUCCCGCCACACAACAAAAGCAGCCGCGCAGAAACCGCCACAUCCCUCCCUGUGCGGAGGUGACCUCCUGCGCACGCAUUGGCCAGCCUGAGGCAGGGAGGGGGCCGGCUAAGAGGACCCCCCUGCCCGUCCAAGGGGGUCUCCUUUUGUCUCUCCAAGUGGCUGUUGACAGAAGCUGCCGCCGCUGCCUCCCUGCCUGUGGCAUCUUCUUUUCCCGCAUCCCCUCAAUUUUGGCACCUAAUACCCCCCCCACAGAUGGAUACCCUGUGCAAAUAAAUGGGUCUGGGGUGCAGCUGGGGGCUCCUCUCCCCUGGACCUGCCUUUGGCUGUGGACAAGCACAGCGUGUCACCCUGGGCAAGCCACCCCCCUGCCCCCGGGGGUGGGUGGGAGGGAGGAGCCCCCCGUGGACGAGGGUGUGUCUCAGGCCUCCCAGCACUGCCCCCCCCCCCGGCCCAAGACUUGGCCUCCAGCCCACUCUGGUGACAGAUACCUGCCAUGGGGUGCUGGCCACCGAGAGACAGGCUCUGUGCUGUCCUCUCUGGGGUGGCGCUGGGGGGCACAAGCCCGAGUUUACAGGGAGGUCCAGGAGAGAAGGCCGGGGUCUCGGUGCCCGGACUCCACUCCCGGAGAGCCCUGCUCUGACCCACUGAAGUGCCCCCCCUCUCCCAGAGAAUACAAGGAUCCAGUUCUGCAGAAACCCCACACAAUUUAUUUCUUUUUAAAUCAUUUUUUAUAGAUUUUCCAAUAAAAAACAUCCAGUUAAAUAUCCAAUCAUAAAAAUACUUCAAUUAAAAUAAAAAAACUUAAAUCAAAAAGAUCAAAUUAUAGUCCAAAUUAUGUUUAUUAAUUUCUUGGGGCUCCCCAUGGUCUCUGAAGCAUAUCUCCACGUCUUAGUCCUGCUUCUCCUGAAACCCCGCACAAUUUCAUGCUGAUGGCAGCAGAGUCGGGUCCCAGGCAGGCCUGCUCCACCGCCCAAAACAAACGCAGCAUUUUAGAAGUUGCUGGAUCAGGGAGAGCCAGGCGGAGACACUUACCCUCAAGGAAGCUCACUGUGUGACCUUGCGCCGCUUGCUCUCACUCAGGCUGGUCUACCUCAGGAGGACGUUGUGAGGAUAAGACGUGUGCGUUUAGAAUCAUAGAAUCAUAGAAUCCUAGAGUUGGAAGAGACCACAAGGGCCAUCGAGUCCAACCCCCUGCCAAGCAGGAAACACCAUCAGAGCACUCCUGACAUAUGGUUGUCAAGCCUCUGCUUAAAGACCUCCAAAGAAGGAGACUCCACCACACUCCUUGGCAGCAAAUUCCACUGUCAGGAAGUUCUUCCUAAUGUUGAGGUGGAAUCUUCUUUCUUGUAGUUUGGAUCCAUUGCUCCGUGUCCGCUUCUCUGGAGCAGCAGAAAACAACCUUUCUCCCUCCUCUAUGUGACAUCCUUUUAUAUAUUUGAACAUGGCUAUCAUAUCACCCCUUAACCUCCUCUUCUCCAGGCUAAACAUGCCCAGCUCCCUUAGCCGUUCCUCAUAAGGCAUCGUUUCCAGGCCUUUGACCAUUUUGGUUGCCCUCCUCUGGACACGUUCCAGUUUGUCAGUGUCCUUCUUGGACACUGUGUGAGACCCUUCCGCCUUCCCCGUGCCUCGUUGGAGGGAGAGCAGCAAUAAACAAAAGAUGAAAGUAGAUCGCAUUCUCCUCCGAGAAAUCCUAUUCCACACACCCAGCUCUUUCUCUUGUCUUCAGACGCGUGUGUAGGCCAAGGCUUGAUUUGAUCAUGUGAGCAGGGGCAUCUUUAGCAUAUGCGCCGCCGGGGUGCAAAGAUCCACCCAGCACCCCAAAUUUAGUUAAUUUCACGUGCAUGGCGCCGUUGAGAAUGACAAGCGCCGUCGUUGAGUCUGAGAAGCGCCGCUGUUGUGAAUGACAAGCGCUGACGCGGCGCGUCUUUGGUAAAUAAGCGCACAAAGUCGAAAGUCCUUUAGUGAAACAGUAGGUAUACAUUUCGGUAAUACCUAGGUAUAUAUGUAUUUUGUUUUUCUAGCUUGAUUAUUUCAUAACAGGAAGAUAAUUAAGGGGACGCAGGUGGCACUGUGGGUUUAACCACAGAGCCUAGGGCUUGCCGAUCAGAAGGUCGGCGGUUCGAAUCCCUGUGAUGGGGUGAGCUCCCGUUGCUCUGUCCCUGCUCCUGCCAACCUAGCAGUUCGAAAGCACGUCAAAGUGCAAGUAGAUCAAUAGGUACAACUCCGGGGGGAAGGUAAACGGCGUUUCCGUGCGCUGCUCUGGUUCGCCAGAAGCGGCUUAGUCACGCUGGCCACAUGACCCAGAAGCUGUAUGCCGGCUCCCUCGGCCAGUAAAGCGAGAUGAGCGCCACAACCCCAGAGUCGGCCACGACUGGACUUAAUGGUCAGGGGUCCCUUUACCUUUACCUUUUAGAUAGUUAUGAGCUUAGGCAGCUUCAGCGGCGAGUGCCUGCGCUCCCCAGAAUUCAGCGCCUGGGUUCCCUGCACCCCUUGCACCCCCAGGUAAAGACAUAUGAGAGCCUCAUAACAAAGAGGGUGUCUCUGAGCAUGGGCAGAGUGCUUCCCCCUGGACCCCCUUUGUGGAUCGUCCACAUGAUCUCCCUCGUUGGGACCCUGCUGGGUCUGUCCUCCCCUGUCCCUCCACAACUCCCAGGGGCUUGCUUGGGGGGCUCAGCCAGAACCAGAACAGAGCAGGAGCUCAGCCGCACUACCUGCACCCAGGACUCAAAGCGUAUUCUCAGUCCUGGGGCCUAGGAGGCGGAAUCAUGCCUCUGAGCAUGCGCAAACCACUGGCCCAUCUUGGCCAAGAAACCACCACACCUGACCUAGGCACACCUAAUCGCGGCUUCGCUCUUUACGCUCUCAGAAGCCCUACAGGAUGAGGGUGAAUUUAAGCGCGCACUGACUCCCUUGCCAACCUCCACCCAUUGCCUUAAGCAGGGAGGGUCAGAAUCCUGCUUCUCCACCCUCCCCUUUGCAAAAGGGUCUGCUGCAUGACAGAAAAAAAUCCCCUUGAAUGUGUCAUUUCUGAGGGCUGGAGAAACUUCCCUGAAUCUUCGGUGGAGAGGGAUUUCAUUUGGCUCUUCUCACUGGUGUGGGGACAGUCCUCUCUGCACGUGCCCAGAGGCACUCUCUUCUAGGUUCUCUGGGAGUCUUCUUGGCACUGAAAGCUGAGCCGUGGAGAUGCUUGAGAGAGAAUCCAGGGCCCCUCUGUGGAUUUGUGAGGGGAGAAGGCAGGGUGGGAGACAGGGUGGCACACCUGGUGAGGUAGAGCGUAGAGGACUCAGAGCACGUGCAGAGUGCAAAAACUGGCCCUCGGUUAGGUCUGCCCUUGGGACCUCGGAGAGGGGCUAAUGAGCCACAGCAAAUCUGGGGGAAGCGAGUUCCGUGGCCAGUGGUCUUCCUUGCCAGAGCAUUUGUCAGGUAGUAGGGUGGAAGUUUCCACUGGGACUGCGGCAGGGCAAAGGGUUAGGCCUCACCCACUGUCAACACAUCCGCAUAUUUCCAAUAUGAGUGAGAAGAGUGAUAUUUAGCCUGGAGGAGAGGAGGCUGAGAGGGGACAAGAGAGCCAGCUUCACCUGUCUGAAGAGCUGCCCAUGGAAGAGGGAACAGGCUUGUUUUCUCUGCUCUGGAGGGUAGGACUCGAACUCGCGGCUUCAGGUCACAAGAAAGGAGAUUCCGGCUGGACAUCAGGGAGACCUUUCUGAGGGCAAGAGCUGUUUGACAGUGGAACGGUGAUGACCUCUCCAUCCUUGGAGGUCUUAAGCAGAGGUUGGGUGGCCACCUGUCAGGGAUCCUUCGGCUGUGAUUCCUGCAUUGCAGGGGGUUGGACUAGAUGUCAUAGAAUAAUAUCAUAGAAUAAUAUCAUAGAAUCAUAGAGUUGGAAGAGACCACAAGGGCCAUCGAGUCCAACCCCCUGCCAAGCAGGAAACACCAUCAGAGCACUCCUGACAUAUGGUUGUCAAGCCUCUGCUUAAAGACCUCCAAAGAAGGAGACUCCACCACACUCCUUGGCAGCAAAUUCCACUGCCGAACAGCUCUUACUGUCAGGAAGUUCUUCCUAAUGUUUAGGUGGAAUCUUCUUUCUUGUAGUUUGGAUCCAUUGCUCCGUGUCCGCUUCUCUGGAGCAGCAGAAAACAACCUUUCUCCCUCCUCUAUGUGACAUCCUUUUAUAUAUUUGAACAUGGCUAUCAUAUCACCCCUUAACCUCCUCUUCUCCAGGCUAAACAUGCCCAGCUCCCUUAGCUGUUCCUCAUAAGGCAUCGUUUCCAGGCCUUUGACCAUUUUGGUUGCCCUCCUCUGGACACGUUCCAGUUUGUCAGUGUCCUUCUUGAACUGCGGUGCCCAGAACUGGACACAGUACUCCAGGUGAGGUCUGACCAGAGCAGAAUACAGUGGCACUAUUACUUCCCUUGAUCUAGAUGCUAUACUCCUAUUGAUGCAGCCCAGAAUUGCAUUGGCUUUUUUAGCUGCCGCGUCACACUGUUGGCUCAUGUCAAGUUUGUGGUCAACCAAGACUCCUAGAUCCUUUUCACAUGUACUGCUCUCAAGCCAGGUGUAUUUGUAUUUGUAUUUGUGCCUCUCAUUUUUUUUGCCCAAGUGCAAUACUUUACAUUUCUCCCUGUUAAAAUUCAUCUUGUUUGUUUUUGCCCAGUUCUCUAAUCUGUCAAGGUCGUUUUGAAGUGUAUCCUGUCCUCUGGGGUGUUAGCCACCCCUCCCAGUUUGGUGUCAUCUGCAAAUUUGAUCAGGAUGCCCUUGAGUCCAUCAUCCAAGUCGUUGAUACAGAUGUUGAAUAAGACCAGGCCCAAGACAGAACCCUGUGGCACCCCACUAGUCACUCUUCUCCAGGAUGAAGAGGAACCAUUGAUGAGCACCCUUUGGGUUCGGUCAGUCAGCCAGUUACAAAUCCACUGAGUGGUAGCAUAGUCAAGAUCACAUUUUACCAGCUUCUUUACAAGAAUAUCCUGAGGCACCUUGUCAAAUGCCUUGCUGAAAUCAAGGUAGGCUACAUCCACUGCGUUCCCUUCAUCUACCAGGCUUGUAAUUCUGUCAAAAAAGAGAUCAGGUUAGUCUGACAUGACUUAUUUUUCAGAAAUCCAUGCUGACUAUUGGUGAUCACAGCAUUCCUUUCUAGGUGCUCACAGACUGUUUGCUUAAUGAUCUGCUCCAGAAUCUUCCCUGGUAUUGAUGUCAGACUGACUGGGCGGUAAUUAUUUGGGUCCUCUCUUUUCCCCUUUUUGAAAAUAGGGACAACAUUUGCCCUCCUCCAGUCUGCCGGGACGUCGCCUGUUCUCCAGGAAUUCUCAAAGAUGACUGCCAUGUCCCUUGAGGGCCCCUUGCAACUCCAUUCUUCUGAGAGAGGCAGGGUUUUGGUGGGGUACAGAGUGGGGCCUUCCUUGCCACCAACAUUUCGCUUUGUGACAUUCCCAGAUCUCCUGCCCAACCACCUCCUUCCACUGGGAUGCUAUCCUAGAAACUGUUUGCUGCCAUCUCUGGAUCCUGGCAGCGGUUGCUCAGUGGUGAGAGACACGCCCUUUGCACAUGCCCAGGGGCACUCUCUUGCUUGUAGUUUCUGGGCCCGGCCAGGCUCAUCCUUGCUUCAGCUUCCAGAGGGAGCCUGCUGCAUCCGGCUGACCCCUUGCAGCUGCACAGGAAGGGGGGCAGCGCCUGCAUGAAUGGCCCCCUCUGUCCGGCACCGUCGCUCCCCCCCCCCAGUGAACAAGGACAAUGGCAUUAGUGAGGGGCAGGCGUGGGCCGAGCCUUGGGAAUCAAGGGCCCCCUUGUCUUUGGACGGCGACUGAGGCGGCUUUGCGAAGAGAGGGGUGGGAAGGGGGUCACGCAGGGAAACCAGUGGGGCUCCAGCAGCCGUCCAGCUUCCCAGACCCCUAUCUGGGCUGGUUGGGUGUGUUAUCUCCACACACACACACACACACCCGCCAUGGGAGUCCAGGGGAAGCUGCCCUCUCUCAGCCCCCACGGUGUGGGGAGAAGCAGAGCAGGUGCGCUCAGAGCGUCGGACGCGAGGGACCCGGGUUCGAAUCACCGCUCAGCCAUGGAGCUUACCUUGGGCUAGUCGCCCACUUUCGGCCUUGCCUACCUCACAGGGUGGUUGUGGGGAUUCAGUGAGGAAGGGGAGGACCAGGGGCUUCUUGGAGGAAAACAUGAGAUAGAAACACGGUGAAUGAAUUAAUAUUAUGGGCUUCUCCUGGCAGGGGGAGAUAGGGAGGGUUCAUCCACCCCCGCCCUCUGGACAGGAGGGUGAAGUGCCUGCCAGGAGCCCCCCGUGACCAGCUGCAAAUACAGUUUGUUGACUCACAGAUUAGUAGUCUAGGGGACUCAUAGGGCCAUCUAGUCCAACCCCCUGCAAUGCAUGUUUAGGAAGUCAGUGAUGCAGUGUCAGAGUCAAGCCAAUGCCCCAAGCAUUUGUAUGUCAGGUGUGUCCACUCCCCCCUUCCAGAAAACACGUGUUUCCUCCUCCUCCAACUUCCUUCCUCCAAAUUAAUAAUCAUAAUAAUUACUACUACUACUAAUAAUAAUAAUAAAUUUUAUUUAUACCCCGCCCUCCCCUGCCAGAGCCGGGCUCAGGGUGGCUAACACCAGUAAAAUUACAGUAAAAACAUAAUAAGGGAAAAAACCAAUUUAAAAUACAGGUUAAGAUGCAAUUUAAAAUGCAGCCUCAUUUUAAAAGUAGCCCAUAGAUCAAGACCAUAAGGGAAGGGAAACAUAAGGGUCAGACUGAGUCCAAACCAAAGGCCAGGCAGAACAGCUCUGUCUUGCAGGCCCUGUGGAAAGAUGUCAAGUCCCGCAGGGCCCUGGUCUCUUGUGACAGAGCAUUCCACCACGUCGGGGCCAGUACUGAAAAGGCCCUGGCCCUAGCUGAGACCAAUCUAACCACUUUGCGACCUGGGACCUCCAAGGUGUUGUCAUUUGUGGACCUUAAGAUCCUCCGCAGGGCAGACCAGGAGAGGCGGUCCCGUAGGUAUGAGGGUCCUAGGCCACAUAGGGCUUUAAAGGUCAAAACCAGCACCUUAAACUUGACCCUGGACUCCACCGGGAGCCAGCGCAGCUGGUAUAGGACCGGGUGAAUGUGAUCCCACAGCAAGGACCCCGUAAGGAGCCUCGCUGCAGCAUUCUGUACCCGCUGGAGUUUCUGGAUCAGCUUCAAGGGCAGCCCCGCUUAAUUAAUUGCCCACCCUUCACCCUAAAGUCCUAGGAGAAGCCCCCGGGUCCAAUCCUGGCACAGCCAAUCCAGAGGCUCUUUGGGGAGAAGGGGGGUGGGAAAUAUACAUUUCACAAAGAAAACAAAGGUAACAGAUCCAGGCCUUGCAGAGCCGCCCCUGCGCAGAGGAUGGAACAUUGGGUGCCUUACUCAGAGUAGGGCCACUUCUCUGGAGCUGCUGCCAACCUGGGCAGGGCAGGGAGCGAGGACAGCAAGCUUCUUCAUGGGGAAGUGUGAAGGGGUUUCCUGGCUGGAGGGAUGUGAAUGGCAGGCUCCCCUGCUGCUCCCCUUGGGGUGCUUGCUGCUCGCUGUAGGUGGGCAGAUGAGAAGCCCGCUGCAAGCCUCUGCUGGUGAGCAAAGCGGCCUCCGCAAAAGGCUUCCUUUCGCAGGGGGAAUGUUCAGGGGCAAAACAAAACAAGCGCAAUGCAUUCUGCCGGCCUCCACAGUGCUGAAGGUCCUUGCAGGCCAAAAAUCCCCUUAACCUGGGACUGUGUUUUGCCACUGGUGGCUGAGCUCCAGGGUUAUAGGCCAGUGGCUAAGUAGGGCGGAAGCUGCAGGGAAUGAACCAGGGUCCUUCGAAUCAUAGCGUUGGAAGGGACCCCCAGAGGCAUCUAGUCCAACCCCCUGCAAUGCAGAAGUCUCAGCUAAAGCAUCCAUGACAGACAACUGUCCAACCUCUGCUUAAAAACCUCCCCUCCACACAGAGCAAGUUCUCUGCUUGGAAUAACAGGAGCUUGUCAGUAAAGAGUUUGAAAAAUCAACAAAUACUUUCCCUUUUCCCAUAGCCCCUUUCCCCCCCAUCUGUGGCUCAGGUGUUAAGACACCUUCGUGUUUGUUUUCCAUUUGCAGGAUUUGUGGCACUGAUAACAAUGGUGUGCUUUUUAUUUUGAAAAAAGUGUGUGUGUGUGUGUGUGUGUGUGUGUGUGUGUGUUUUCUUACUACCAUGUUAUGGAGAAAUCAUUUCUGAGCAGGGAUCUUGAGAAACACCAUUGUGAGAGCAGCCUGACCUAAUUUUGACAGCGAAUGGGGCGAGAGUCGUACUGGUAGGCAGCGUAGCUGGGCUUCCUCCGGGAACGACUCUGUGAGGCUUGGGAGAUGUGAUUCUUCCUGGCAGAACAGUCUGGUGGAGGAGGCAGCGGCAGCAUCCUGAUAAUGGCAGCGGGAGGGGGGAGAGGAUGGGGGGGGGACAGUGCUGGGCAACAAAGCCCAUCUCCUCCCCCUCCAUUUCGCUGGCAUUCAAACGGAAGGCUCUUGUUGUUGGACAGCUUUCGGCUCUGCUCAUAUUUUGCUCCCUCCUUCCUGCAAGGAAGCGUGCGCGGAGCGUUGCGGUUGCGGAGGAGCAGAGAGGAAGCGCAGGAUGCUAUGGAGGGCAACAUCCCAGCCAGGCCUCUGGAGAAGGUCAGCUUCUCUUUGGUGGGAAAGUGGGGCUUGAGAACCUAGAGCUGGUGUCAAGAAGAAGAAGAAGAAGAGUUUGGAUUUGACAUCCUGCUUUAUCACUACCCAAAGGAGUCUCAAAGCGGCUGACACUCUCCUUUCCCUUCCUCCCCAGAGGAGGCAGGGCUGAGCCGGGUUCUCAGGUGGCCGAGGGCGUUCCCUGCCAUCAGCAACGCUGGGAAGGAAUAAGAACUGCAGAACAAAUGGUGCAAGGGAUGGCUCAGGUUGCAGAAUUCGCAUUUCCCUUGCUCUGUUUUGUGUACAUGCAAGAGGUACACGCAGCCCCAUGCAAGGGGCAUCCUGAGAGCCCCAUCGGUCAGGCCCACUGAGCCAAGAUGCCUGGCCUGGCUAGCUGCUUCACAGAAUCAUAGAAUUGGAAGAUACCCCUAAGGGUCAUCUAGUCCAACCCCGGCAAUGCAGGAACCCCUGGCAGAUGGUCCUCCAACCUCCUCUCUCUCUCUACUGUACCUUCCUCUCUGGCCCCCGGUGGCUGCUCUUAACGCAAUUUGCUCUUUUAAAACACAUUUGCAGGGUGGGUAUCCAUUCCAUGGGUCUAAGAUACACAUCUGGGCUGCAUCCAGUGAUGGUGUGCAGUGUGGGUACACGAUUGGCGGGGGGGGGGGGGGCAGGAGGAUCUGUGGCCCUGCCUUGCAGUUCGUCCAGGCUGUCGGUACCAUGCGAGUCCAGAGACCACAACAUCAACACAGGGAGAUCUUGGGGGCUGGAGAGUAGGAUGAGGCAUUUGUCAACACGAGAGAUCUUUGAGCAGAGCAUCUCCGGAGGGAAAAGGUGGGAGGAGAACCUGUUGCCCAGCAACCGACUCCGCUGAGCAUCAUUGCAGGGAAUUCUCUUCUCCAGAGCAAAGAUCUGCAAGGCACCUCCUUUGGUGGCAUUUAGGCAGGAUCCGUUACCAUAGCUCCCCAUGUUCAUCUUCGCCCCACAAAAGGGAGCUGUGGUGGUUGCUCUCUUGGCUUAGAAUUCCCAAAUCACAAGUUGGCAGUCAUCUGCACCCCGACACACACACACACCCCAGAGCCAGCUUCCUCCCUUCAUGCCCAGAGUGGGCAGGGGACCAGGAGGUCUUCUUUUGUGAUGCCACCCUCCACGCAGGACAACCUUGCUCCACUGGCCAGUGGCCCCUGGAAAGUUGAUGUCCUGGACUGGCUGGAUGCUGAGGAGUGGUGGGAGGGCACCAGUUGGGGAACCCCCAAGAAAACCUCCAAAGGAAGAAGGCUCAGAGCCAGGGGGUCGGUGGUGGGGUGAUAUUGCCUGGUCAGAGGGAGCAGACUGGGAGGAGAAGGUGCCGGAAGCAGAAGAGGCAACAGGAUUCAGUGAGCAGGAAGAGUCUGUAGCAGAGAGCAGUGCAGAUUCAGAGGCAGCAGUUAAAGCAGGAGGCCAAGAGGCAGAAAUCAGUCAGGCUGGUGAAGAAGCCAGGGGGUCUCCCCCUCCUGCUGCAACAAGCUCUCCUCCCAACUGGUGUCCCAAGACCAGGAGAGAUAUGAAGCAGGGGGAGCAAAGACAGAGACACGGGCAUAGUCUCAGAUUCCUUGGGAAGGGCCUGCGGUGGGGGAGGAGAGUGAGGCAGCUGUGGGAAGGCAGGGAACCUCAGUCCCCACUUCUGCCCCAUACGGGCAAGAUCUCCCGGGAUGAGCUGCUGUGCUCUAGGCCUGGCCUCCUGAGUAGACCUUGUUUCCAUGAAUAAAGAGUUGGCUCCACUUACGCCGUGUGAUUAUUGCUGACCUGCUCCUGAAGGAGCGUCUCCAUCCCCAUCGUUCUGCCCAGGCACUGAGAUCCAGCGCCGAGGGCCUUCUGGGGGUUCCCUCAUUGCGAGAAGCAAAGCUACAGGGAACCAGGAAGAGGGCCUUCUUGGUGGUGGCACCCGCCUUGCGGAACACCCUCCCAUCAGAUGUCAAAGAGAUAAACAACUACUUGACAUUUAGAAGACAUCUGAAGGCAGCUGUGUUCAGGGAAGUUUUUAAUGUGUGACAUUUUAAUGUAUUUUUAAUCUUUGUUGGAAGCUGCCCAGAGUGGUGGGGAAACCCAGCCAGAUGGGCGGGGUACAAAUAAUAAAUUAUUAUUAUUAUUAUUAUUAUUAUUAUUAUUAUUAGGUGGGUGGCCAGACUGAUAGCUGCUUUGCAUGCAGAGGGUCCUGGGCUCAGCCCCCACGGCGUCUCUGGGUUAAGGCUGGCCACCCCCCUGCCCUGUCCAAAACCCUUGAGAGCUUCUACUGACCAGUGUCCUAAGCGCUGCUGAGUUGGGUGGACCCAGAACGGUCUGACCUGGCCUAAGGCAGCUCCCUGCUCUGCGGUGCCGGUCGCCUGCCCUGCCUGGGUCUGGGGAGGUGGUGCCAAUCAAAGGAGCUCUUUGGGCGGCCUCAGCUGCGAGGAAAUGUCGGCGGCGCUUGUUUGCCUUGCCAGAGCAGCCGAGCUGAUGAUGAGCUCAGACCCGGGGUCGUUUCUGCCUGAAAGCAGGGAGUGCCCUUUUAAAGGCUGGAAGUAAUUUUCCACAAUGUUAUCAGCAUGAUAUGAAGAGGAGCUGGCGUAAUAGGCAGAGAGUGACCCAAGGGCCUGUAAUAUCUGGGAAAUUAAUUCCACGCCGUCUCAGUUACGGCCGUGGCUGCUUUUUGAGCAUGCAGCCCCUCUCCCAUUUUUGCACACGGGCAAACCGUGCGACGAGCUCAUCCGUGUCGUAAGUUGCCCAAGGGUGCUGCGAAAUCUCAAGGAAGGGCUGGCUGGCUGGCUGGCGGGGAGUCUGCCGGCGCUGCUUGGAGCUCUCCACCAUCCUACCUAAUGAUCCUAGUUUGCUUUAGGGAAGUAAGGAAGUAAAGUGUUCCCAAACUGCUUUAGGUCCCUCCCUUGGUUCCAUAAACUCACCCCUAGUGCCUGCCCCACGGAAAGCAUCAUUCAGAAUAGCAGCGUGCACCAAGGCAGAUGGCAACACCGUAAAAUUCAGAACGAUGAAUUCCGCAUUGAUUCAAAAUCCCGUUAAAACUAUUUAGUUUAGUUAAUUCAACAAAACUGAUGAACUUGAUCCCGUGAAAUCAGCUUUCCAAAGUCAUUUCCCCCAUUGCCUCCUAGCACACAUCCCCCCUGAGGUAAUUCCAUCUCACACGCACCCCUAGAUAUCAGGAAGAACUUUCUGAUGGCAAGAGCUGCUUGGUCUAUCAGGGCAAUAAAGCUUCCAUAGCUUUGCUCCACUCUGAAGGAUGCAAACAGAGAACAAAGUAUCUGCAGAUUAAGUUUCACGAGCUAGAGAAUGCAUCCAGAAAGGAAUUGUGAAAGUGUCCUAUAUGCCAGGGAAAGAAAUACCUGCCGAUGCACUAACCAAAGUUGUUAACAGGGAGCAACUCGCUGUGGUGUUGUUGUUUAGUCGUUUAGUCAUGUCCGACUCUUCAUGACCCCCUGGACCAGAGCACGCCAGGCCCUCCUGUCUUCCACUGCCUCCUGCAGUUUGGUCAAACUCAUGCUGGUAGCUUCGAGAACACUGUCCCACCAUCUCGUCCUCUGUCGUCCCCUUCUCAUUAUGCCCUCCGUCUUUCCCAACAUCAGGGUCUUUUCCAGGGAGUCUUCUCUUCUCAGGAGGUGGCCAAAGUACUGGAGUCUCAGCUUCAGGAUCUGUCCUUCCAGUGAGCACUAAGGGCUGAUUUCCUUAAGGAUGGAUCAGUUUGAUCUUCUUGCAGUCCAUGGGACUCUCAAGAGUCUCCUCUAUCACCAGAAUUCAAAAGCACCCAUUCUUUGGCGAUCAGCCUUCUUUAUGGUCCAGUUCUCACUUCCAAACAUCACUACUGGGAAACCAGAGCUUUAACUCGCUGUAUACGUACAUAAAUUGCAAAUGUGUUAGAUUCUGCAAUGGUUGGUAUGGAAAGGGGGAGAUUGUUGCUAUUUUCACCCCUCCCAUUGCUAGAAUCUCCUGAUCUGAUGUUUUGAGAAAGGAGGGGGCAGAAACUGCGCUUUUACUCUUCCGCUCCUGACUGCCUGCCUGACUCUGUGUGUGGAGAGAGUCUUAUCUAUGUAGUGACUAGAUGGCUGAGUGGGACCUGCAACACUCAUGCAAGCCAGUAGUUCGUUAGUUUGCAGUAGCUAUUAGAAAUAAAAGGAGUUAUGCUUCACAGCUAGUUUCCACGUUAUUUAUACUCUGUUGAGUGUGGUGCUCACAAUGCACAGUUGUGGGUCCAGUGCCCUGAGACCUGUUUUCCAGGACUGGAAGGUCUCUGAAAGUGCUCCAGUCGCCUAGCCCAUUCGGGGCAGAACCAGUUAUUGAGCCCAGUCGCUGACAUUGGUUGAAAGGUGUACUGACAUGAACAUUGGUUCCAUAAAUUCAUCCCCAGUGCUUGCCCCACGGAAAGCAUCAUUCAGAAUAGCAGCAUGGCAGCACCAAGGCAGAUGGCAACACCGUAAAAUUCAGAACGAUGAAUUCCACAUUGAUUCAAAAUCCCAUUAAAACUAUUUAGUUUAGUUAAUUCAACAAAAGUGAUGAACUUGAUCCUGUGAAACCAGCUUUCCAAGGUCAUUUCCCCCGUUGCCUCCUAGCACCGCCCCCCCCGGUAACUCCAUUACACACGCACCCCUAGAUAUUAGGUAGAACUUUCUGAUGGCAAGAGCUGCUUGGCAGUGAACCAGGUGACCUCAGAAGGUGGUGGGCUCUCCUUCUGGGGAGGUUUUUAAACAGGUUGGAUGGCUGUGAUCCCUUCAUUGAAGGGGGUUGGACUAGAUGACCCUCGGGGUCCCUUCCAACUCUAAAAUUCUGUGAUUCUAUGGGUGGUCUGGCUGAGGAUGCUUCUUUCAAGGGUGCUUCCUCCAGCUUAUUCCAGGGAGAGAAGUGGGAAUGGAAACAAAGCAUGAGAUAAUGUUUUAAAAAGACAGAAAGGGAGGGGAACCCCAAUUUAUUGGUCCCCGUUUGAUGGAUGAAAAGCUUUCUUGUGUAAUGGAAGACAAAGAUGAGUCCCUGACGGGGGCUGUUCGUCUUCCUAUCCAGAUGAUCCCCAGACUACCAACCACAAGGCAUCAUUUAGCAUUUAAUAUUGUCUGAGUCUCUCGAUCUAGGAGGGAGGAGGGGAAGGAAGAGAGAUGAGAGGAUGAGAAAUAGUCAGCCCUCUGUUGAACUGAGAAGCGUUUUUGUUAAAAAGCCCAGGAUGUCCUGCCACAUCACAGAGAAUGCUGAAACAUGACUCCUGGAUUGCACAAGGGCCAUGUGGUUCAGUGGGUGGAGCACACGCUUUGCAUGCAGAGAGGUCCCAAGUUCACCCCCCUACACACCCCACACCCUGCCCCACACCCGUCUCUCUAGGGAGGGCUGGGGAAAGACUCUUGCCAGAAAUCCUGGAGAGCUCUUGAAAUUCAGCGCAGGGGAGAAAUCCUGAUCCAUUUGCCUUCCUGACUCCUUGACAGCUGGCCUUUGGAAUUCUCACCUCUCCAGAUUUUGUGAUGUGGCUCCUGACCAGAGAAGACAAAACCAGGCAGAAAUGUGUGUUGCGGGGGGAAGCUGCGUAAGAUGCGCACGGUGGCGACAAUAACUGUAGAAGCACGGGUGGUGUUAGCAGGCAUUGCUUGCGAAAGCAAAAAUGUGUCUGUCAGGGAAAACGGCACACAAAGGUGCAUGGCUCUGGAGAACGGAGACCCUUUUGAGUUUUAAAAACAAUCCAAACCGUCGCAGAAUUGGGGAGAAUUUAAGCUUGGGAAAAUGAGAAACAGAGAGAAAAAGAAAUUGAACCAUCCGGUUUGCUUUUUGCUUGUUCUUAAAUCUCCUUUUGAAGGAUUGUUCUUCUCCGACCAAUCCAAGAGAACCUUUUAUUAAAAAAGAAGAAGGGAAAUAUAGAUAUCUCUCCCCACUGCAGUAAGGCUCUCUGGACCAGCACUCAUCCCAAACUACUCUCUUGGCCUGGAUAAUCAGAAGCAGCUUCCCUCCCACAACUCCAUCACCCAAAGAUCAUGUCUGUUCACAGGAAAAGAGACAUGCACACGCACUCACACAGAGAGACGUCCCAGCUUGUUCCAAUUAUGACAGCAGCAGUUAUGCUUUUGUUCCAAAAGCACAACACGGUCGCUUCAUGAAGACUGGCAAUGCCUAAACCUCCUGCCAGGGAGAGAGGGAAAGUGUGUGUGUGUGUGUCUUUUGUCUUUAGACAAAUUCAUGGAGGAGGAGAAGGGCUCUCAGUGCCUACUCUGCUCUGCCUCCACCUUCAGAGGCAGUAAAUGCUUCUGAAUCCCAGUUCCUGGAAACCACAGGAGGGGAGUCGCAGUGUUAGAAACUCAGAUAUAUAACUGAAUUGCCAAAUGGCACCCUAAACUUAGGUUAAAGGUAAAUGUAAAGGGACUCCUGACCAUUAGGUCCAGUCGUGACCGACUUUGGGGUUGCGGCGCUCGUCUUGCUUUAUUGGCCGAGGGAGCUGGCGUACAGCUUCCGGGUCAUGUGGCCAGCAGGACUAAGCUGCUUCUGGCGAACCAGAGCAGUGCACGGGAACGCCGUUUACCUUCCCGCCGGAGUGGUACCUAUUUAUCUACUUGCACUUUGACGUGGUUUCGAACUGCUAGGUUGGCAGGAGCAGGGACCGAGCAACGGGAGCUCACCCUGUCGUGGGGAUUUGAACCGCCGACCUUCUGAUCAGCAAGUCGUAGGCUCUGGGGUUUAACCCAAAGCGCCACCCGCGUCCCUUAAGCUUAGGUUAUGGUCGCCAAAAUGGAAUCAAAACCUCCAAGUGUCCCUAUUUUACAGGGAUGUCCCUGAUAUCGAGAAGCCAUCACGGUUUCCAAUUUAAUGUCCCACUAUUCCUUAGAACGUCCCUAUUUUCAUCGGAGAAAUGUUGGAGGGUAUGGAGUUAUCUGACCCCCGAGCCGUCUGAAGGCAGCUCUAUAGAGGGGAGUUUUUUUUAUGUUUCAUGUUUUGUUACGUUUUUAUAUAUGUUGAAAGCUGCCCAGAGUGCUGGGGCAACCUAGUAAGAUAUGUGGAGUAUAAAUAGUAAAAUUAUUGUUGUGGAAUGGGACGUCCCUGUUUUCAUUGUGGAAACGUUGGAGGGUAUGUCAAAUGCCUGGGUGCCUUUGUUUUUUAUUUUGCAGAGGAGUGUUGCUGUUGUUUUCAUUUCUAUACCGCAUUAUAGUUGAAAGAACAAGUCUCAAGGCAGUUUACAAGCACGUUAAAACAUCAAAUACAGUCAUACCUCAUGUUACGUUUGCUUCAGGUUGCGCGUUUUCAGGUUGUGUCCUGUGGUGACCCGGAAGUACCGGAAAGAGUUACUUCUGGGUUUAACCGCUCACGCACGCGCAGACACGCAAAAUGAUGUCACAGCAUGCGCAGAAGCGGUGAAUAGCAACCCGCACACGUGCAGACGCGGGUUGCGUUCUUUUCAGGUUGCAAACAGGCCUCCGGAAAGGAUCCCGUUCGCAACCAGAGGUACCACUGUAAAACAAUCCAGAAUAAAACAUAAUCAAGCUUCAAGGAAAAUAUUUCGGGUCCAUUUCUAAGUGACUCUUUGCUUUCCCCAUUUGCCAUCCUGGCAUCCAGAGAUCUCAAUGCGGUUGCCAUCAGAUGUGCCCGUCGCAAAACGCGCCUGGCGCCUGGCUGAUUUCUAACACUGGAGAGAUGGCAUGGUGCUUGAAUCCUUGCAGCUGUCCUCUUUGGAGCAUCUUGUUGAACAGGAUGCUGGACUCAAUGGGCCACUGGCCUGAUGCUGUUCUUCCCCCUGAGAGCCAGUGUGGUGUAGUGGUUAAGAGCGGUGGACUCGUAAUCUGGUGAACCGGGUUCGCUUCCCCGCUCCUCCACCUGCAGCUGCUGGGUGACCUUGGGCCAGUCACACUUCUCUGAAGUCUCUCAGCCCCACUCACCUCACAGAGUGUUUGUUGUGGGGCAGGAAGGGAAAGGAGCAUGUUAGCCGCUUUGAGACUCCUUCGGGUAGUGAUAAAGCGGGAUAUCAAAUCCAAACUCCUCUUCUUCUCCUUUUAAUGCAUCCUUGUGAAACUGAAUAUGGUUGUUACGGAACGGUGUGUGUGUUCGCCUUCCGAGAUGGAUUUCUUUGGGUCUCCUCCAGAGCAGAUGGCGCAUGUGCUGGGUCUGUUAGUGCCAGGCUUCCUCUGUGAGUGUGCCUCUAAGUGCAAAUAAGUGUGUAAUUGGCAGAGGUGUGUUUACGGCGGCAUGUGGUGCCGGCGGUUUCCAGUUUCACUCUUUAAUCCAUUUAGUUAGCCUGCUCCUGCCGCAGGGGCCUCCCAGGAGCCAGAUGUCGGUGAAAUUGCAACGCAGGCAAGGAGGAGAGGCGGGCAGAAACCCUUUCAAGCCACCCCCCACAACACCCGCCUGCCCCGGGAAGCACCCCCUGGGAAGGAGGGAGGCUUCGAUGCAUAGAAUAGCCAGUGGGGGAGAGUGAGAAAUAGUUACAGCCCUGCCAACGGAAGCGCAUUGGCUGCUUGUGGUGACCUAUAUAAGUGUGCUAGAUGCGGGGUAUGUAGAGCAGUAGGCCCCUGAGCUUUCAGCCAGCGAGCAGCGAAAGGCGGUCAGGAGGCCUCAUUGCUUCCUUCCCCCAGCGCCCCCACCCCCGGAGACCCUCCCUUCCAUGCCGCUCACGGAGGGUCUUUCAUCCAUCCAUCCAUCUAUCUCCUCCUUGUGUAUAUCUUCAUUAAGCGGGCCUCAAAAGACAUAACAAAACAUGAAUAUAGGUAGAGAGCAGGAGAAAACUCCCAAACCUGAAAUCUUAGAAGGGAAAGAUAAAUAGAGAGAUAAGAAAUAAGGAGCACUUCCAAUGGUCCAUCGGCUGAUAAUGUAUAUAAAGAUUAUUCAAAAUGUUCAGUCCAGGAUCAUGUCCAGCUGUUCCUCAGUCUGCCAGGCUGUGUUUCAAGUGAAACAAUUUUUUAAAUAAAGCAAGAAAAGGCACAGAUGAGUAGCACUCCAAACCCUCUGUCCCUCCUGGAAUUUAUCCCCAGAGACCAGGGGGACUUUUUGUUCCCUCGCUUCCUUGAGUGGCCAUGUCUGGAAGUGUCUGUCUUGCGCAAGCAGCUGUUUCAUCCAAGGUGGGCAAUUUCCAAAGAAAGCUUAUUUUGCUGGUGAGCCGAGCUGGACCGUAGCAGCAAUAAUCCCACAGAUUACAAUAUGCAGAAAUUGACUUACCUCCAAGGGCUCAGUUUAACGGGAUUGUGCAUCUGUUGGACGGGAAGUUUGGCCUAAUGGAUCGGCGAAAUCUACCUUGUUGCAAUUUAAACUCACUGAUGCAGAUCUUUCCCCGGGUGAACAGCAAUUCCCCACUUCCUCAUCUUUCCAUCAUCCUUUUAUUUGAAAAUAGUCAGCAUAUCUGCACACAGACACUCCUUCUCUGAAGGCAAAACAUUCUCCUGCUCCCUUGAUGCAAGAACUCGCUAGAGUCAGCAGAUGAAACGGGGGGCUCCUCUGGACAACAUCCUUAUUAAGCCUUCAUCCUGAUGUGUUUGUGGAGUGGUUAUAUGACAAUGAUAGAUAGAUUCGCAUUAGCCAACAGCCAUAGCAACAUAAAACAAGCAAUAUACAGUGGUACCUCAGGUUACAUACGCUUCAGGUUACAGACUCCGCUAACCCAGAAAUAGUGCUUCAGGUUAAGAACUUUGCUUCAGGAUGAGAACAGAAAUCGUGCUCCAGCGGCGUGGCAGCAGCAGGAGGCCCCAUUAGCUAAAGUGGUGCUUCAGAUUAAGAACAGUUUCAGGUUAAGAACGGACCUCCAGUAUGAAUUAAGUACUUAACCCGAGGUACCACUGUAUACAAUUAAAAAAGACAACAAUGGGUAAAAAGGACAAUCAAAUGACCAAGAUUAUCGUUCAGAUAGUGGCCCUUAAUCUCACUGCACCCUCGAUCAACCUAGCAACCUUCCCUGUUGUCUGAUCAUUUUGAUUUGAUAAAAGAAAGACCAAUGUGGCCACAGAUGGGCGGCCUGGGAUGGUGAGUAGGAGUGGGGUGAUGAUCUCGUUCCUCAGAUCUUUAUAAAGGGGACAGGACAGGAGAAUAUGAGCCACUGUUUCCAGAUUGCCAUCUCCACAGGGGCAGAGUCAUUUCUCAGUUGGAAUCUUUUGGGAUCUGCCCUCAAGUACGGCAGAGGGCAUCGCAUCCAGUCUGGCCAGUGCGAAGGCACCUCUGUAUUUUCGGAUAGUUGGGAAGGCACGUCUGUAUUUUGGGAUAUAGGAAGCUGCUUAGACUAAGGGAGCCUCCAGAUUGUCUGUAUUUUGUGGGAGGGAUUCGGGAGCAUCCCAGAACUUUAAAGGUAAAGGGACCCCUGUCCGUGAGGUCCAGUCGUGGCCGACUCUGGGGUUGCGGUGCACAUCUCGCUUUAUUGGCCGAGGGAGCCGGCAUACAGCUUCCGGGUCAUGUGGCCAGCAUGACGAAGCCGCUUCUGGCGAACCAGAGCAGUGCACGGAAAUGGCGUUUACCUUCCCACCGGAGUGGUGCCUAUUUAUCUACUUGCACUUUGACGUGCUUUGGAACUGCUAGGUUGGCAGGAGCAGGGACCGAGCAACGGGAGCUCACCAUGUCGUGGGGAUUCGAACCGCCGACCUUCUGAUCGGCAAGCCCAAGAGGCUCAGUGGUUUAGACCACAGCGUCACCUGCAUCCCUCCCAGAACUUUACAUGCGUGCAGUGGAGUAAAAGCACUCUUUCUGGCAGUAAGAGCCGUUUGGCAACGGAACAGACCGCCUGUCUUGGACUCUCCUUCCCUGGAGCUUUUCACGCAGAGGGUGGAUGCCCAUCGGCCAGAGCUUCUUCAGCUGCAAUUCCUGCAUUGCAGGAGGUUGGUCUGGAUGACCCUCAGGGUCCCCUCGAGCUUUACAACCCUAUGAUUCUGCGACCCCCAGCAACCGGGCUUCUGAGGCAGCCUGGCUCUAAAUAUAGCCACCCGUGUGGGAAGCAGCCGAGCCCGUUGACAAAGGCCAGGGUGAGGGGACCAAGAAGGGUGCGUAAUGGUGGCCAGGCUUAUCCUCUGCCGGGGGGGGGGCUUGCUGAUGGGCACGGGGAGCGCAUGUUUGCUUUCCCAAGGCCCCUGAGAUGUUAUGAGAGCUGACAGGGACCUCCUGUGGGAGAGGAGGGAGGGAGGCGGAUGUUCCGAGAGGAAGCUGGUGGGCUGUAUCAUCCCCCGGGAGCUUGGCAGUCUCUGACAAGGACUCUGCCCAAUUGUGUGGGUGAGCUGCGCUACCUUUUCUUUGCUCCUCUUCCUCCAUUUGGGGGAAAUCCUGGAGUGGAAUCUGAUGCUCACUAACCAUGAGGCGAUUUUUUCUCAGGAUGCCAAAAUAUUUGGGGCCAGGCUAUUUUGGCACCUGAAGAAUUCAUUGUUGUUCUUGUUGUUGUUGAGUCGUGUCCGCCUCUUCGUGACGCCCUGGACCAGAGCACACCAGGCCCUCCUGUCUUCCACUGCCUCCCGCAGUUUGGUCAAACUCAUGCUGGUAGCUUCGAGAACACUGUCCCACCAUCUCGUCCUCUGUCGUCCCCUUCUCCUUGUGCCCUCCGUCUUUCCCAACAUCAGGGUCUUUUCCAGGGAGUCUUCUCUUCUCAUGAGGUGGCCAAAGUACUGGAGCCUCAGCUUCAGGAUCUGUCCUUCCAGUGAGCACUCAGGGCUGAUUUCCUUCAGAAUGGAUCAGUUUGAUCUUCUUGCAGUCCAUGGGACUCUCAAGAGUCUCCUCCAGCACCAGAAUUCAAAAGCAUCCAUUCUUCGGCAGUCAGCCUUCUUGAUGGUCCAGCUCUCACUUCCAUACAUCACUACUGGGAAAACCAGAGCUUGAACUAUAUGGACCUUUGUUGGCAAGGUGAUGUCUCUGCUUUUUGAGAAGCUGUCUAGGUUUGUCGUUGAAGAAUUCAUUACUAUUGCCAUUACCUGUUCAUUACGUCUGUGCCCUGCCUUUUUCUCCAAAGAGCUCAUGGUGGUGUAACAUGGCUGCCUCCCUUAUUUAACCCCAACAAGCACCCUGUGAGGUAGGUUAUGCCAAGAGGCAGUGACUGGCCCCCCAGGUCACCUCGUGAGCUUCAUGGCCGAGUGGGGGAUUUGAACCCAGGUCCUAGUCCAACACUCUGUCACUAUGCCACGCGGGCAGCUCACCACAUGGUUAACACAGCAGGGAGGCAGAUUGGCUGGGGGUUCUCAAGUGGGAAGGAGACGGGCAUUGCUCGAUUCAAAACGGCUUCCUGGUGGAUUUUGCCAGAUCUUGGAAACCCUCAGAAAUGCUGCAGGUCCAUCCCCUAAGGUGGCUGCAGUGGCCAUUUAUUUAUAUUUUUUAAUUUUUAUUUAUUGAAUUUAUAUAUUGCCCUAUACCUGGGGGUCUCAGGGCGGUUCACAGAAUAAAAUCAAGAUAUAAAACCACAAAAUACAUAGUGAAAAUAAAAAUUACAACCCAAUAGCCCCUCUCCCCACAAAAACACAUUUUAAAAGGGCAUGGGAUGUCAGUCAAAUGAAACAAAGGCCUGGUUAAAAAGGAGCGUUUUUUCCUGGCACCUGAAGGUGCAUAAUGAAGGCGCUAGGCGAGCUUCCCUGGGGAGAGCAUGCCGCAGACAGGGAGCCACUGCAGAGAAGGCCCUGCUCUCGUGUUGCCACCCUCCAGACCUCUCAUGGAGGAGGCACACGAAGGAGGGCCUCAGAAGAUGAUCUCAGGGUCCGGGUAGGUUCAUAUGGAAAGAGGCAGUCCUUGAGAUAUUGGGGUCCUGAGUUCAUUUGCAACCUCUUUGGUCUGGCAUUUCCUCAUUGGCACUUCUUCCUCCCUGCUCCAAAACAUCACACCUGAUCCGCUUCCUUGGAGAUUUUUAUGGCCAUCUUAGUUGAGAUUCCUACUUUGCAGGGGGUUGGACUAGAUGACCCUUAGGUCCCUUCCAAGUCUACAAUGCUAUGAUUCUGUGAUCUUCACAAUCAAAGCUGAGUGGCUUUUUUCAGCCCACAUUGUCCCUAGUUCUCUGCCCAUGGAAUCCUGACAUCAUUAUUAUUAUUAUUAUUUAUACCCCGCCCUCCCUGGCCAAAGCCGGGCUCAGGACGGCUAACACCAAUAAAAUAACAGUAAAAACAUAAUAGGGGGGAAAGGGGGGAACCAAUUUAAAAUACAGGCUAAAAUGCCAUUUAAAAUGCAGCCUCAUUUUAAAAUAGCCGAUAAAUCAAGACUGUAAGGGGAGGGAAACAUAAGGGUCAAACUGAGUCCAAACCAAAGGCCAGGCGAAACAGCUCUGUCUUGCAGGCCCUGCGGAAAGACAUCCCUGAGUUGCCCCAAGUCAGAAGCCAAGCUUUCCUUUGCGAAGAAAACAACUUCUCUGCCCCCCAUGAAUGGACAGAGAGCGCCAGGGGGCAGGUUCACAUGCCCCCAUAGCUCCUGCCAGAUUCCCUCUCCAUGGGGGGGGGUCUCAUUGGGGGCUGGAUUCUCCAUGCAAAACCCCAGUCCCUGACUGCCUUGAAAGCCACUUGCCUGCCAGCCUUCCAGGUGGGGGCUUCUGCCGCUGGGGUUUGUGUGGGGAGGGGGCUGCUCUGGGCAAGAAGGGAAGGGUGCCUUGCAAGCUGGGGCUGCAGCUGUCCUGCAGGCGGCGGCGGCAGCUGUGGAGCCCGACAGCUGUGCGGAAGGGAGGAAGGAAGGGAGGAAAGACGGAGAGACGUGGUCCUGGCGUUGGGCCAGCCUAGCGUGGGAUGUGUCAGGACCAAGGCCUGGGAACAGGCGCCCAAGGGGCACGGUGCCCACAGCUCCUUCCUGGCCAGAGGUCGGCAGGACAGGCGGGCAGGACCUGCGUAUGAGGGACGGUGGCUGGGGGCAUUCUUUCUUUUUUUAAAAUAUUUUUAUUAGGAAUUUCAACAUAACAAUUUAUCAAAAACACAUCAUCCUGAUUCCCCCCCCCCCAUUUUUCCCCUUCCCCUCCCCCCCAAAAUAAAAAACCCUUCCCCCCCCAGACUUCCCUCAGCUCCUCUCUGGUUUUUCAGCUCAUGUUGUUGUUGUUGAGUUGUUUAGUGAUGUCCGCCUCUUUGUGCCCCCCUGGACCAGAGCACGCCAGGCACUUCUGUCUUCCACUGCCUCCCGCAGUUUGGUCAAACUCAUGUUUGUAGCUUCAAGAACACUGUCCCACCAUCUCGUCCUCUGUCGUCCCCUUCUCCUUGCGCCCUCCAUCUUUCCCAACAUCAGGGUCUUUCCCAAAGAGUCUUCUCUUCUCAUGAGGUGGCCAAAGUCUUGGAGCCUCAGCUUCAGGAUCUGUCCUUCCAGUGAGCACUCCGGGCUGAUUUCCUUCAGAAUGGAGAGGUUGGAUCUUCUUGCAGUCCAUGGGACUCUCAAGAGUCUCCUCCAGCACCAGAAUUCAAAAGCAUCCAUUCUUCAGCGAUCAGCACGUUAUUCUCUGCAUAUUAUAAAACUGUAAAGAUCCUUAAUUUAUCUAUCUAUAUAUUACCAAUAAAAAGUUUGUGUAUGUUUAUUCAAAGCCUGCCAAGGAGUCCAGUUCAUUUUGUUGUUUCUUUAAGCACUUCGUAAAAGGUUCCCAUUCUUCUUUAAAGUCAGUUGUCCUUGUCACAUUGUUUGUGUGUCAAUUCCGCCAAUUCCGCCUAGUCCAUCAGUUUCUCUUGCCACAGUGCUGGGGGCAUUCUUGGACUCUGCCAGCCCUUGUUCACAGCUCUGGAACUCGGUGUGGAGAAAGGCAGGACCACCAGGUCCUCUCCUCUGGUUCCAGCCCUCUGCCUCCCCACCAACACUCCGCUGGUCCUCAUAGGAAGGAAAUCCCCACGCUCCUGAUGGAUGCCAAACCCUCCAGAGAUCUUCCCUGGGCAGCUCGUUCCGCUGAGAAAUCGUUCCGCUGACUGAAAUCUUCGCCUUCGCCUUCCUUCCCCCCCCCCCAAUUUUUUUUAUUGGUUUUCCAAAUUUAUAGCAAACAAAUGAAACAAGAACAUCAAAAACAAACAUUUAUCUUAAUUAUAAUAAUUCCACUUUUGUUAACAUUGUUAAGUGACUUCCUCAAAUCCCCCCGGCUGAGUUUCCAUAUAAAUCAUUGUAGCAAUUUUCCAAAACUAUUUUCACAUAAAAUUUACUUAGUCAAUUAACAUCUUUCUUUCUUUUCAUUUUAACUUUAAACUUAAUAUUCUACAACAUCACGUAUUUAAAACCUAGGCCUAUCUGAUAUUCGCAAGUAAUUCUGUUUAGAUUAUCUUAACGUAUUUAACUAGAUAGUCUUUGAAUUUCUUCCAAUCCUCUUGGUGCUCCUCCUCCUUCUGGUUGCGGACUCUUCCGGUCAGGUCGGCUAACUCCGAAAAAUCCAUCAUCUUCAUCUGCCAUUCCUCCACUGUUGGUACUUCUUGUGUUUUCCAAUUUUUGGCCAGCCAAAUUCUAGCAGCAGUUGUGGCAUACAAAAACAAUCUAACAUCUUUCUUGGGGAAGUCUUCGCCUUGGUUUUGUUGCAUCUUGUAUUUUGUGUGUUUCUCAUCAGGGGUCACCGCACAGGUGCUGUUGAGAUGUCAUCCCUGUAUUACUUACUGUGCUGGGAUCCUAGAAUCAUAGAAUUGUAGAGUUGGAAGGGUUUCAAAUCUUGCUUUGCUUUGGUGUCUCAACCUUGUAAAGCUGUUGUUCUUGUUGUUUAGUCAUUUAGUCGUGUCCGCCUCUUCGUGACCCCCUGGACCAGAGCACGCCAGGCCCUCCUGUCUUCCACUGCCUCCUGCAGUUUGGUCAAACUCAAGCUGGUAGCUUCGAGAACACUGUCCCACCAUCUCGUCCUCUGUCGUCCCCUUCUCCUUGUGCCCUCCAUCUUUCCCAACAUCAGGGUCUUUUCCAGGGAGCCUUCUCUUCUCAUGAGGUGGCCAAAGUCUUGGAGCCUCAGCUUCACGAUCUGUCCUUCCAGUGAGCACUCAGGGCUGAUUUCUGUGCGUUCUCUUUUCCCUCUUACAUGCCCAAAAGGAGCCUGGGGCUAGACUGGGAGGCCCAGCAGCUCCACCACACUGGUCCAUGGAAGCCAUCUGCAAACCACAGCUUCAGGUCCUGUUUGCUUGCUUUUGGUGUUAAAAAAAUAAUAGUUCAGCUACUGUGUGUGCACAGCACUUAAUACUAAGCCGUGGCUUGAUAAACCAUCAUUUCCCUCCUCUUUCCUUUCUCCAGGCGAUGGAGAGCAAGUUGCUGAUUGGCGGAAGGAACAUCAUGGACCACACCAACGAGCAGCAGAAGAUGCUGGAACUGAAGAGGCAGGAGAUUGCAGAGCAGGUAGAGAGACGGGCAGGGCGGGAGCAGGGCCAGUAACAACCCCCCCUGCCUUUCCUCCCCUCUGCUGGCUGAUGAAUGUGGCCCUCACCAGCCCACUGCAGCCAUAGCUGGCGGCCCUUUAAAACACACCUGUCCCCUUCCUUCCAGGCCUCUGCAGGAGAGAAGCAGGGCCUGGCUGCUGGGAUGCAGUCCGCAAGCCCUUGACGGCGGCCAUCUGUGGCCGUUGGGUCUCCAGUUUGCUCCCCUUCUUGUAGGCUGCAAAUUUGGCGUGUCUCCCCCAGGAGCGUGGCCAGGUGCUCAGGACACCUCGGGCGUAAAGCCGGCAUAUGCUGAUGUCAAGGAGCUGUCAAGUGAGCCCAGGUCAUCUACAGGGCGGGAAAGAAUGGCAGGCAUGAUUAGCUUUUUAUUAACAGAAAAUACCGUAAUUUUUGCUCUAUAAGACUCACUUUUUGCCUCCUAAAACCCCUCCACCUCCUCCCCCCAGGCCCUGACAGCUAAUUUGUGGGCAGGCAAUAAUAAUAAUAAUAAUAGAGAGCCAGUGUUGUGUAGUGGUUAAAAGCGGUGGACUCGUAAUCUGGGGAACCGGGUUCGCUUCCCCGCUCCUCCACCUGCAGCUGCUGGGUGACCUUGGGCUAGUCACACUUCUCUGAAGUCUCUCAGCCCCACUCACCUCACAGAGUGUUUGUUGUGGCGGAGGAAGGGAAAGGAGAAUGUUAGACGCUUUGAGACUCCUUUGGGUAGUGAUAAAGCGGGAUAUCAAAUCCAAACUCUAAUAAUAAUAAUAAUGAUGAUGAUUUUUUUUAUUUAUACCCCGCCCUCCCCGGCCAGAGGCGGGCUCAGGGUGGCUAACACUAAUAAAAUCACAGUAAAAACAUAAUGGGGGGAAGAGGGAGAGAUAAAAACCUGUAAUGGUUCUAGGGGUUGCUCGUGCGUAAGCCGGUGCUUAUCUCCCCGGCUGGGUGCAAACACCUGGCUGGGUUGCCUGAGUGAACCUUUUCUGUCCGGACAGCCACUCACCCGUGGCUGACUCAAUCCCUGGCAGAAUCCGUCAGUGGGCGUUUCUUAAACUUCUUCCAGCAAAGAAGCUCUUUGACGCCUAGUCUCCUCCUACUCUCUCUGCGCGAAAGCCUUCUGCGCAAGGAGGGCGUGGGCAACGGAGGACCCCUACUCUCCCCGCUGGUCCCAGGCAAGGAGUCAUGGGACCGCCUCACCGCUUCCCCCAUCUGCCCCCCUUCUCCACUGGUGCUACGCUGAUUCUCUUCCCCAGAAGAUGGGCUGCUUCUCCCAAUCCCUGGACGCUCUCUGGAAUCCCUCUGGCUUUUGCUCUCUCCCUCCGGCACUGAUGGCAGUUCCCUGACAAAACCCAAUUUCAAAUACAGGUUAAAAUGCAAUUUAAAAUGCAGCCUCAUUUUAAAAGUAGCCCAUAGAUCAAGACCAUAAGGGGAGGGAAACAUAAGGGUCAGGCUGAGUCCAAACCAAAGGACUGGUGGAACAGCUCCAUCUUGCAGGCCCUGUGGAAAGAUGUCAAGUCCCGCAGGGCCCUGGUCUCUUGGGACAGAGCGUUCCACCACGUUGGGGCCAGUACUGAAAAGGCCCUGGCCCUAGCUGAGACCAAUCUAACCGCCUUGUGACUUGGGACCUCCAAAGUCCUUAAGGUCCUCCGUGGGACAUACCAGGAGAGGCGGUCCUGUAGGUACGAGGGUCCUGGGCUAUAUAGGGCUUUAAAGGACGAAACCAGCACCUUAAACUAGACCCUGUUCUCCAGCGGGAGCCAGUGCAGUUGGUAAAGCACUGGAUGAAUGUGAAGUUUGCAGGUGGAAGGGUGCCUUGCGGCACACCCAGCUCCCCCCUCCCGGGCAGUGUGUUUCAAAACGCAAAGGCAUAGGCGAGGGUCCGCAGGUGGGGGGUUUCGGCUGAGAAGCCCCUGACCCGCGCAGACUAAGGCUUUGCUGGCCUCAACCCACAGAAGCGGCGUGAGCGUGAGAUGCAGCAGCAGGUGCUCUUGCGGGACGAGGAGACCAUGGAGCUGCGGGAAACAUUCACCUCCUUGCAGCAGGAAGUGGAGAUCAAGACCAAGAAGCUGAAGAAGGUGAGCGAGGGGGGGAGAGUGGCCGCCAGAGGGAGAUGGGAGGGGGGUGUCCCUCCUUCUCCGUAGCUGCAGUCCGAGGCCCAGCGCGAGAGCCCAGGUCAAGGCUUCACUUGCCAGGGAUCGGGACCCAAGCCAGAGGACAAUCAUUUUUUCAAAAAGUUUUUUAUUUCUACUUUUCAAAUUUAUACAUUUCAUUAGUUUUAUGAUCCACUGAACAUUUCAAAAUUUGACUUCCUUCCCCCUCUUUCUGAGGUUCCUUAAAUUUAUUUUUUUAUACCUUCUUCAUAUCCAAAUUAAUUUAACUUGCUCAUUUAAUGAUCUACUGUAAAUAUAUACCCUUAUGAAACUGCAGGUUGUUGCAAUAAUCAUGCCAAUGUUUUUAUCUGUUUGCAAAUUUAUCUGUAAAUAUUGUAUAAACCAUUUCCGUUCUUUUAUAAAAAGUUUGUUAUUCAUUUGUUAUUUCUUAUUCUUCUGGUAAGUUUUGCCAUUUCCGUAUAUUCCAUAUGUUUUUUUAUCAAUUCUUCCUUUGCUGGGACUUCUGCUUCUUCCCAUUUCGGGGCAAGUGACAUUCUUGCUGCUGUAGUAGCAUACAUUAAUAAAAUUCUAUACAAUUUAGGUAGUUCUGUCUCUAUAAUUCCCAAAAGAAAAGCUUCUGGGGUUUUUUUAAAGAAAAAUUAUUUUGAACAACCUUUUCAAUUCAUUAUAUAUCAUUUCCCAGUAAGCUUUAACCUUACAACCAGACCACCACAUAUGAUAAAAAGAACCUUCUUUCUCUUUACAUUCCCAACACUUAUUUGAUUUAGAUUUAUACAUUUAUUCACUCGGUGUUAAAUACCAUUGAUAUAUCACUUUCAUAUAAUUUUCUCUUAGACCAUAACAUGCUGUAAAUUUUACAUCCAUAUUCCACAAUUGUCCCCAUGCUUCCAUGUCUAUAUUAGGACCAGUUUCUAUUGCCCAGUGUAUCAUUGAGGAUUUUACUUGCUCAUCCUUUGUCUCCCAUUCCAAUAAUAUUUUAUACAUUUUAGACAGCACUUUUACAUUCCAUUCCAUUACAGGUCUCUCUCCAGUUGUGAUAUUUGUUCCCUGAACCCUCGUAUCCUAUCUUUCUUAAAUACUUCAUUCAAAUGAUGAUAUUGUAACCAUGUUGUGAAUUUCCCAGAUAAUUCCUUAAAUUUAAUUUGUACUCUACUCCCUCUUGUUUUAAUAAAUUUCUAUAAGUCGUCCGCUCUUCUGUCAAUUUGGCCUUCAGUGCCCAUGGCGGCUUGUGGCAUUGUGAAGGGCACAUGGGCUGGCAGUGGCACAACGGCCGUUUCCCUAAACGAGCGAUGCCCAUGGACUAUAUGGAACUUGCCGAACUGACCGGGAGACUCCGAGACCAGAAAGAAGAGACGAUGGAAGAAGACUGGAAGAAGUUUAAGGAAUAUUUGAAAAAAUAUGUUAAUAUUUAAACCCUAGAAUAGCUCUGGAAGCGGAUAUAGGCUGUAGGGUUAGAAGUAGAAGAUAGGGUAUUUUAAAACAGUAUUAUUUGUAAGUGAUAAAAUGUGAAGUUAUUUUAACUAUGAUUUUAAAAAAAGAUGGUUAGAAAUUAUGAUAUAUGUAAACUGCUAAAGAUGAAGUAAAAUGAAAAUAGGUGGGACUUGGGGAAGUCAACAAUGUUUAGAAAAUAAGGAUAUGACAAGAAUUUGUUCGUAUUGUUUGUCUUUUCUGUCUGUGUUUUUUAUUUGUGUUAUAAAAUGAAUAAUAUUUUUUUUGGGAAAAAUAAAUAAACGAGCAAUGCCCUUUUUCUCGCCCCGACAGCUCUAUGCAAAACUCCAGGCCGUGAAGGCUGAGAUCCAGGACCAACACGACGAAUACAUCCGCGUGCGGCAAGACCUGGAGGAGGCACAGAACGAGCAGACGAGGGAGCUGAAGCUCAAGUGAGUGUCCGGCAGGGCUCAGCCGGCAGCAGCAGCAGGGAGAGCCCAGCCCAGGAGAAGCCCAAGCCAAGGUUGCCCCUGCCUGACCUCCCUCUGCUGCCCCUGCCACUCUCAGGGGCUGGUGGUCUGGAGGCCUGAGGGGGUGGGCAAGCGUGCCUCAGGUUGGGGGAGCCAAGCCAGAGCCCGCAGCUUUUUAGGAACAGGUGAGACUCUACAGUGGGACCUUGGUUCUCAAACACCUUGGUACUCAAACAACUUGGAUCCCAAACACAGCAUACCGGUUUGCAAACUUUUUUUUGGAAGCUGAACAUUUGAGUGCUACGCUGAGGUCUCUCGGUUUUUGCUGUUUACUUUGCGUUUUUGUUUUUGUGGCUCUUUUUCGUUUUGUUUUUGUGACUGUGUGGAACCCAGUUCACCUACUGAUUGAUUGAUUGAUUGAUUGAUUGAUUGUGUGACUGCAGUACAGUGGUACCUCGGGUUAAGAACUUAAUUCGUUCUGGAGGUCCGUUCUUAACCUGAAACUGUUCUUAACCUGAAGUACCACUUUAGCUAAUGGGGCCUCCCGCUGCCGUCGCCGCACGAUUUCUGUUCUCAUCCUGAAGUAAAGUUCUUAACCCAAGGUACUAUUUCUGGGUUAGCGGAGUCUGUAACCUGAAGCGUAUGUAACCUGAAGCGUAUGUAACCCGAGGAACCACUGUACAUUGUUGAUUGCUUUCAUUUUAUGGAUCAGUGGUCUCGUUAGAUAGUAAAACUCAUGUCAAACUGUUGUUUUAGGGGUUGUUUUUAAGUCUGAAACGGAUUAAUCCACUUUGCAUUACUUUCUAUGGGAAAGCACGCCUUGGUUUUGGAACGCUUUGGUUUUGGAAUGGAGGUCCGGAACGGAUUAAGUUUGAGAACCAAGGUACCACUGUAUUGGCCCUUAGCAUUACCUGAGCUCCCUCCCUAAACUGGACGCUGCAGUAUCUCGUUCUGGCCACCUAUGGUGGGGGCACUAGAGGGCAGCAUGUGGUCGGCCAGCUCAUCCCCCCCCUGGUCUGAGGACGAAGGUGAGGGGGUUGACUUGUCAUCUCACCAUGCUGGGCCCUGGGAUGAGUUGUCAAGGGCUCUGAGUAGCAGCGUUGGGAUGGGGAGAGUCGGGUGUCCCUGGAGGGUGCAAGAGAAAGAGAGGGCUCCGGAGGAAGGGGUCCGUAGGGAGGACUUGAAGGAAGACAGGGGAGCCAGCAGGAUCCCGAGAGAGGGGGAUGUUACUGCUGCUGCUGCUCUUGGAGUGAGGGCGGAAGGUGUUUUGAAGACCAGCUUGACGUCUCAGUGCAAAUGGGGUCAAACUGCUUUAGCACAGCUCCUUGUUGUAGGAAUGAUUGCUGGGUGUGGAGCACACUUCCGCCCACAGAUAAAGCCACAGCUGUCUGAACAUCAUGCCCUCUAUCUAACCUUUGCUCUCUUAGUGGUCUGUCUGUGACCUUUGUCUCCUUCGCCAUACAUGGUUCAAGGGGAAACUGACGCGGUGGAAACAGGUGCCAAAAUAACUUUGUACCACCCCACGAUCUCGGGACUGGAAGAUGUGCAAAGGUCACAGUCCAAAAUGUGUCUGACUGGUUUUGCAUAUUGUGCUAAUAAAAGGAGCCUCUGCAGAGCUAGCUGGCAGCUUGCUCCUGCGCAGCUCGCCUGCAUUACCAACUCCUGCCUCAUGUCCUUCACUUCACUUGUAAGGGAUGUCCUAAAAUGUGAGAACACAAGGAAAGCCUGGCAGUUGGAUCUGGCCCAUCUAGUCCAGCAUCCUGUUCUCACAGUGGCCAACCAGAUUCCUACACUGGUAUGACCAGUUCACACUUUUCAGAACAAGUGAUAAAAUAAAUCCACUGUCGCUCACUUAGUCACCCACCUGUUUUCAUCGGCCCCCAAGCUGUCCCCACCUUCUUUUUCCAGCUGUGUGGGAAUAAAUAAAAAUCUGAAAUCCCCACGUGGGCAGACCCCCACUACCCUCGGCAGCCUGCCUCCUGCUGACGCUGCCCAUUCCAUCUUUGCUCAGGUAUGUGUCAGGAGCUUGUCCUACACUUGAGUAGGACCCUGGCAGAGACACAUGCUCGACUGGCAUGUUCCUUCCCUCCUGGUCGAUCUUUCGGGAGCUUCAAAAACUUUCUUUUGCCCGAACAUCACAGUGACCGAUGCAAACAGACACCAGCACACUUAGGGAUCUGUAGAGUGUUCGCAGUUUGCCUAACAGACCUCAGCAACUCAGCAUUUUGGCUAAUCUACUUUAUUUCCAUCUAAACACACACGGAGCACUGCAACAUGGCUCCCUCUCUCUCUAGCAUCAGACAGCAAAGAGAAAAAGAACAAAGGACAACAGUCUCACUUCACAGAACACAGGAACACAAACAUGCUGUCUCCGUCACUUCCCACUCGGUGGAGUCAAAACAUAUACUGUCAUGUGAUAGACAAAAAUCCCAUGACUGCAAUCACGGAGCAGGAAUUCUAACAGUUCACACCUUUCAGAACAGGUGAUAAAAUAAAUCCACUGUCGCUCACUUAGUCACCCACCUGUUUUCAUCAGCCCCCAAGCUGUCCCCGCUUUUUUUUCCAGCUGUGUGGGAAUAAAUAAAAAUCUGAAAUCCCCAUGUGGGCAGACCCCCCCGCUUCCCUCGGCAGCCUGCCUCCUGCUGACGCUGCCCGUUCCAUCUUUGCUCAGGUAUCUGAUCAUUGAAAACUUCAUCCCCCCUGAAGAGAAGAACAAAAUCAUGAACCGCCUUUACUUUGACUGCGAGGAGGACCAGUGGAAAUUCCAGCCCUUGGUGCUAACGCCAGGAAGGUGAGUUUCUGAGCCCUCGACAAGGGCAGAACUGCUAUCUGCCCAAGCAACACCCCCCCAAAAAAACCACCUGGGUUCCUCAGCUGGAGCCAUGACAGUUGAGCAGAUAUCAGGUUCAUCUACAUUUGUAACACAGACAGUAGCCCAAAUGAGAAGCACCUCUGAGGACAGCCAGGAGAUCCCAACCCUAAUUGUGAUUAUUGUGAUUCUUAUAUUUAUUUAUAUUCCACUUUUGGAUGCGCGUGGCACUGUGGGUUAAACCACAGAGCCUAGGACUUGCCGAUCAGAAGGUUGGCAGUUCGAAUCCCCACAACAGGGUGAGCUCCCGUUGCUUGGUCCCUGCUCCUGCCAACCUAGCAGUUCGAAAGCACGUCAAAGUGCAAGUAGAUAAAUAGGUACCACUCCAGCGGGAAGUUAAACGGCGUUUCCGUGCGCUGCUCUGGUUCGCCAGAAGUGGCUUAGUCAUGCUGGCCACAUGACCCGGAAGCUGUACGCUGGCUCCCUUGGCCAGUAAAGCAAGAUGAGCGCCGCAACCCCAGAGUUGGCUACAACUGGACCUAAUGGUCAGGAGUCCCUUUACCUUUUAUAUUCCACCUUUGCCCCAGACUGGGACUCAGGGCGGCUUUCCUCUUCGGGCUCCGGCUCACGAGGAGACCUUCCCACAACCAAAGAGGAUGUGAGGAGGGUCUCUUCACAAGCCACGCACCACUUCUGGGUUCCCAGCGCCAUGCAAGUAGAUUGCAUGCAAGUGGGGAGUUGCCUGCAUUCUCAUUUUGUAUUUAUUUCUGUUGUGAGCUGCCUUGGGAUCUUUGGAUGAAGGGCGGUGUACAAAUUUAAUAAUACUAAUACUAAUAAUUUAUUUGUACCCCGCCCAUUUGGCUGGGCUUCCCCAGCUGCUCUGGGCAGCUUCCAACAAAAUGUUUAAAUACAGUAAUGCAUCAAACAUUAAAAGCUUCCCUAAUCAGGGCUGCCUUCAGAUGUCUUCUAAAAGUUUGGUAGUUGUUGUUCUCUUUGACAUCUGGUGGAGGGCAUUCCACAGGGCGGGUGCCACCACCGAGAAGGCCCUCUGCCUGGUUCCCUGUAACUUGGCUUCUCACAGGGAGGGAACCGCCAGAAGGCCCUUGGAGCUGGACCUCAGUGUCCGGGUAGAACGAUGGGGGUGGAGACGCUCCCUCAGGUAUACUGGACCGAGGCCAUUUAUUUAACAAAUAAUAGCAAAUUUAACAAAUAAUAGCAAAAUAAUUAGAUGGAGCAAGGCAGACGGGGAAUCCUCUGCCCACCAACUCAGGCACAGGGUGGCAGAGAUGUGCCACGCAUUAAGCUUUUUAUCAGUGCUGAUGAUCCUGAGCCCAACCUAUGCCCAUUCUCCAUUCUUGGAAACCAAUCUCUUUACAGCAGCAGCGGGAGCGGAAGCAACAGCCCCACCACCACCACGGCCACCCAGAUGAAGAAGCGGCCGACCUCCGCUGUGGGGUACAAGAGGCCCAUCAGCCAGUACGCUCGGCUGGCCAUGUCGAUGGGCUCCCAUCCUCGGUACCGGGUGAGCCGAGAGGACCUCAGAGGAGGAGGAGGGGAGGGAGGGAUAAACGGGGUCUGGGGGAGGGAAGGGGACCUUGAGGUGACCAAACUUCCUGGUCGCAAAGCAAGCACCGCUCAGAUGGACCGAUGGAAUGUCUCGGGUCUGGAAAGAAACAUCUACAAGGCAGCCGACAAGAUUUUAAAAUCCACAACACAAAACUACUGUAUUUUCCCAUGUAUAAGACUAGGUUUCCCCCCUUAAAAAUAAUGUCAAAAAUUAAGGGGUGUCUUAUACACGGAUACAUCUCCCCCAUUUUCUUAAAUCUGAGUCCCCCAAAAUAGGGGGCGUCUUAUAAAUGGAAAAAUACAGUAAAUAGCGAUCAAAGCCGAGAUAAGAAUACAGUAAGUCUGAACAUUGGUGGCCAAACUCAGUCCUCCAGCUGUUUUGGGACUACAAUUCCCAUCAUCCCUGACCACUGGUCCUGUUAGCUAGGGAUGAUGGGAGUUGUAGUCCCAAAACAUCUGGAGGGCUGAGUUUGGCCACCACUGCGUCUUCUCUCCAGUAGCUCUUCCCAGUGAUGGAGGACCUAAAAAUAGGGGCGUCUCCAUGUGGGAGGAGUCCGGGACCUAGACCGUUUGGGUCAAAGGCAGCACCCAGUGGAAGCCCCCUUCCUCCUCCCUGUAGCUGCCAUUUUGAUGGCGCAAACUCAUCUCAGGGAACUCUGUCCAUCUCCGAUUUGGAGGAAGGUUCAUAUAGAUUUGCAGGGACACCAUCUCCUAGGGCUGUGGCUACAGCAAAUAGGCUUUACACAAUGGUCUUUGUUGCCACAAAGGGCUCACAAUCCACGCUAAUUCAUGGGGAAUUAGCAGAAGGCAAAGGUUAUCAGUAUUUCUUUACCGUCAAGAUGAUGUGGGGAAUCCUUCCUUCCUUCCUUUCUCUCUCUCUCUCUUUCUUUCUCUCUCUCUUUCUUUCCUUCCUUUUUUAAUUUUUAAAAAACAUUUAUUAUUAUCUGUCAAAUCUUCUUGUUUUUGUCUCUUCUUUCAAGUUACAUUUUCUACAUUUUCUACAGUUUCAUUUGUUGAGACAUUAGUAUUACUUUAGGAAGAAAAGAGGGAAAGAGGUGGACAUGAUGAGUGAGAAUCAUGUAAAAUAACUAAGCAAGUAUUAAGGAAUCCCCUUUCUAAAUCCUUGGAGGGGAUUUUUUUAGCAGAGGCUGGGUGGCUAUCCAUCAGGAAUGCUUUAGUUGUGAUUCCUGCCUUGCGGGGGGGGGGGGGUUGGACUAGAUGACCCUGGAGGGUCCCUUCUAAUUCUACCAUUCUGCAAAUCAACGAGAGGACAAAUCCCUCUUCAUAUUUUGGGGGGAUGUGUUGCAUUCACCCUUUUCUGCUCCACCUCCUUGGCAAACUGGCCUCUCCUUUCUGAAUUUCCUCCCUUCCCCGAUUUCAUCACAGGCGGAGAAUAUCAUGUUCCUGGAACUGGACGUCUCCCCGCCGGCAGUCUUUGAGUUUGAGAUCACACGGGACCCGAGUGAGCACGAUCCACGGGCCCUGCACCUCGAGAGGCUCAUGCGUCUCGACAGCCUCCUGGAGCGACCGGCGGCGUCGCGAGUGCGGAAGUCACGGUCUUGGUGAGUGAGCAAGAGAGAGAGUGGUGAUGGAGAAGGUUUUGUGGAGUGCUCAUCUGCACAGCUGGGAGUGAUUUUGAGGUGGAGACAUUUUCCCACAGGAUGUCAGGAGCUCAGCCUACACUCGAGUAGGACUCUGGCAGAAUCUGGGGCCACUGGAGAGGUUCCAAAGUAUGGCAUUAGCCAAGUAAGAAGGUUAGGAAUGGGCCGCAGAGGAGGGCCGGUCAAGCAGAAUCAAUGCAGUGGUCACCCAGGACCGGCAUUUGAUCUGUUCAGCUACGUGCCAUCCAAUCAGAAGAGCAGGCUGGAAAUCAGCCGGGUUCUGGGACGCCCUGCAUAAACAACAGAGAACCAUGGGGUGACUUCAGGUCAUUUCCCAGAUUUGGGGGAUUAACAGCUGUGAGCGGACAUUUUCACGAUGUCCUCUCUCUCUCUGGCAACGGAGAAGUUAAGGCUGCUGAGUAGGGGUCAGCAAACUAAGGCCCCCAGGCCGGAUCAGGCCCACCUGGGUCCUAAAUCCAGCCUGCGCCGCAAUGCCGAGACUCCUGGUGUUGGCGACGGAAGGAAGAGGCCAAGCGGCGGAGGCUCUGCCAAUCAAACGCCACGCCUGGUUUACCUCAGCGGCGUUUGAUUGGCAGAGACGUCCCCAUGCCGCGCCGAGGUAAACCAGGUGUGGCGUUUGAUUGGCAGAGCCUCCGCCGCUCGGCCACUUCCUCCCUUCACCACCGCCCUGGUGCUCCUGUGGGCCAGAGAGCGGAGGGGACGAGCUUGCGCUGCCGACACGCUUCACGAGAAGUGGCAGCAGUGGCGGUGGCGGUGAGGAAGCCCAUUUCGUGCCACCGCUGCCAGCCCUUUGGCGAAUGAGGCAGGCGGCACAACAAGAAGGUGGCUGGGGCUGGGGUGGGGUGAGGAGGACUACUUGCCCCUCUUCGCAGUGUGCAUUGGAAUUCAUUUGGGUGUUUUUUAAAUAUAUAUAUAUACAGUCAUACCUCAUGUUACAUCUGCUUCAUGUUAUGUUCUUUCGGGUUACGUCCCGUGACGACUCGGAAGUACCGGAAAGGGUUACUUCCGGGUUUCGCCGCUCAAAGCGCAAAAUGACAUCACGCGCAUGCGCAGAAGCGGCGAAUCGCAACCCGCGUGUGCGCAGACGCGCCGCUGCGGGUUGCACUCUUUUCAUGUUGCGAACGGGCCUCCGGAACGGAUCCCGUUCGCAACCAGAGGUACCACUGUAUAUAGUCCGGCCCUCCACAAGGUCUGAGGGACGGUGGACCGGCCUCCUGCGGAAAAAGUUUUCUGAGCCCUGCUGCUGAGUCUGGAGGGGCUGUUGGUCUGCCCUGGGUUCUUCCGCAAUGGGCGGGGGAGCUUGCUUGACGGACGCGGGGCAUUUGGGCCGGCAGGGAAGAAAGAAAGAGGGCAGCACGGCCCCUCACUCUCCCCCUCCUUCUCGUCUCUCUCCUGCAGGUGCCAGGCUCCUCGUUCCCUGCCCUCGUCGACGACGCACGUGUCCCUUGCCUCCAGCUCACAGAACGCUGCCACAGCACUGGCUCACGAGUAACAAGGCCCCAUUGGCCCUCCCUGGCCCUUCCUUUCGCACAUGGAGGAUGAGGCUUCUCCCAUCACCUGCUGCCUCGGAGGACACGUGGUCCAGGGACGGGGGUUCCCCCUGCACUAACUCAUCUUUGUCCUUAGCUACUUCUUGUGUGUGUGUGUGCGCGCGUGUGUGUGUCUCUGUGCAUCCAUAUGGGAGGAUGGUUCUGGGGGCCCCGUCCCCCCGCCCUCUCUGGACUGUCGCUCUAUUUAUUUAACAUAUUUAUUUAUGAUGUGUCUUUGUACGGAUGCUGGGGGCGGGUUCUUCUUUGGGGCCAAGCAGCGUCCUCAGUGCCAGCUGCUCCCUUGGCAAUGUUGGGGCAGCCUGGCACCACGCACAACCUUCCUAGAAGGCGGACUCUUGCUUUUUCUUCACCCUGUCGAUGUUCUGAGCUCAGUAGGGACACCUGUUUGGGCCAAGCGGAGCCCAAACCACUUGCACUCGGCCCCCUCUGUUCCCUCCAGCCUCGGAAGAAGUCGCUGCCUCCUUGCAGUGUCCCUACGAGGAGUGUUUGGUCGGAGCUGGCAGAGCUUGGAGGCAGGAUUCGACCUCCUUGCCAGCCACGGAAUCCUCUCUGCUCUCGCACCAAGACCAUCGGCUUCGCCUUGCCUUCUGUUCACCCAGCCAAAAAACACACCAAAUGGCUCCACGCUGCACAGCGAGAGCUUAAGGACUGAUUAUGCAAGCAGAUCUGUGAGGGGGCCGUGAUGCUACGAGACCUUCUCACCCGCACCUGUCACAGGCCCCCGCUUGACCCACCAAGCAACUGCAAUGGCCAACAUGGUGGGGACGUUACAUAUUCCCUCUCCAGGACAGGAAUCAUCCAUAUUCUGACUGGGAAGAGACGUCCUGAAGUCAAGAACCAAUCAUGUGCCUCACAUGGGGAGAGAGGCAGAGGGCCCCGCUCCCCUGAGAGAGCAGAGGGAAGGGCGCCUCUUGAGAUUUACUCGAAAUUCAAGGCUCUCUUGCAGCGGCAAGGGGGACAGGCAGCUUUGAUGCAGCGUCCAGCUGGUGGCAAGGACCUCCUGGGGCCACGCUGAGGUCAGGAGGGGAAGGCAGAGAAAUCAAAGAGAAAGGGAGAGGGCAAGGUGGAAUAAACAUACCGCCACCACCAAACCCAACCCUCACGCCCCCUGCCUUUUCCUCAUGGUCUCUCUGCAUAAGUUGCCCUUUGGCUUCUAGUCAGUUAGCUUUGUGGCUGCCCCUAAAAUUGGCCUGGGAAUUUCCUAGAAAUAAGCAAAACUUAUACGCUUUCUCAUGGGGAAAACCACUCUUUAGUGCUCAAUUGGAACCAACGGCAAUCUUUUUGUUCCAAUUUUAGGCUAAAGAGUGGGGAGAGGGGCAAGAGGGAAAUGGCUGAGACUUUGCUUUCUAGGCAACCAGAAGUGUUGAUGAGCCUUCUCUCCAGGGGAAAGCCCGCAGGCUGCAUUUAACUUGGGGAGAUGGAGAGCGCUUGCUGCCUGGUGUGACAGCUGCCAGUGUGCCAUUGCACCAGUCCUUACAAAGCUGCUCCCAAAGACACCCCCGUUGCCUGGGACUUGGCCACAAGAAACCACAAUGGGCAGCAAAUGGAGAAAGGUGUGAGAGCACGAGAGCAAAGGCGAUGGGAUGGCCAGGAGGUCAGCAGGAAAGGUUUGGUGGGCCAACUUUCUUUGAGAGAGGGAAGUGGCAGAGUUUGGCAGUGCUCUGUAUGAUCCGCUCUGUGCCUGCGGCAGCUUUUGUAGCAGAAGGACUCUUCCGCUCUCCACCGUCCAAGACCAGAAACCAGAGGAAGGGAAAAGGAGGAACUUGGUGAAAAGGCGGCUGUGGCACUGAGCUAGGGGCCGGGCCGUGGCUCAGACAGCACAGACACCUGCUCUGGGUGCAAAAGGUCUUGGGUUCAGUCCUUGUCAUCUCUAGGGAGGGCUGGGAAAGACCACAGAGAAACCGUGGACAACCAGGGGUGCCAGUUGGUGCAGACCAGAUUGAUCUUGACGAAGCAGUGGUCUGAUUCUGUCGACGGCAGCUUCUGAUGUUCCUAGCUGGGCAGUCCCACGAGGUCAGCCUGAGAGCACAGUCUGAAGCAUUGGGAGGGCGAUCCAGUCUGGGGUGUGGCUACAGAUCCCUCUCGGUCAGCCCAACUCUCCAAGUUUCCUUCUUGCCGCUCUAGUCCUAGCCAAGGAUUCUGCGGCUUCCUCAUCUCUCGUUUACUCUGGAGCCAGCCCCAAAUAAUAAUUUAUUAUUUGUAUCCCGCCCAUCUGGCUGGGUCUCCCCAGCCACUCUGGGCGGCUUCCAACAAAGAUUAAAAAUACAUUAAAAUGUCACACAUUAAAAACUUCCCUGAACGGGGCUGCCUUCAGAUGUCUUCUAAAAGUCUGGUAGCUGUUGUUCUCUUUGACAUCUGGUGGGAGGGCGUUCCACAGGGCGGGUGCCACUACCGAGAAGGCCCUCUGCCUGGUUCCCUGUAACUUGGCUUCUCACAGCAAGGGAACCGCCAGAAGGUCCUCAGCGCUGGACCUCAGCAUCCGGGCAGAACGUUGGGGGUGGAGACGCUCCUUCAGAUAAGUCCCUGCGACAGCUAAAGGAAAGGUAGCAGGACAAAUUCUUGCCCCCCCCACCCUUAUGAGACUUCACUUGCAUGAAGCAAGGAUUCUGAUCCAUGCCUGGUGGUUGCGAGUAUGGAAUUUGGCUGAGGGUUGUUCCAGGGGGCAGAGCAGCAGCAGUUAUUCCCGACUCCUAUAUGCGGAGCAGGGGUGUCUUGAGUUUGUGGUCUCUGCUUCUGAAAGGCACAAACCGCCAGAAGGUGGGUGGGAAGGGGACUCUGCAAGCUGCUUCUGGGCAAGGGAAUAGAAACAGCGUAUUUUCUAUGCUAUGGUUUAUUUAUAUACCGCUUUUUAACCCAAGGCUCCAAAAGCAGUGAACAGCAAUAUAUAUUAUUAAUAGAGAAAAAAUAUAUACUAAAAGUACAAUGUACCUGGAAAACUUUUGAUGCAGAAAAGGCUUUCCAGAGGUGGUCCCGCAGCAACCGUCUUGCUAUGCAGUUUAACAGUGUGUUAUGCCCCUUGGUCCCUGACCGGCUGCCCUGGCUGCUCCCAGCCCAUUCUGUGCCCCGGCUGCGCUGGCCCUCCAGAGAUGCUGAGCUGCCAUGAUUCGUUGGGGUCCUGCACAUGGCUGGGGAAUUAAUAGUGCCUAGUAGCAGUGGAGAAAGCUGUGCUAUAGGGACUAUAGGAGCCGAGGAAGCUGCCGUACACCGGGCCAAAUCAUUGGUCCAUCUGCCUUUGUACUGUCUUCAUUGAUGGGCAAUGGCUCUCCAGGGUUUCUGACAGGGGUCUUUACCUGCCCUCAAUGCAGCUGGGGAGUGAACCUGAGACCUUCUGCGUCCAAAGCAAGAAGGCUUGUCUUUCCUGUUGGGCUGGAAGAAGUUGCUGGGCCAGCCAGAGAGGGUCAGGGAGGCUGAAUGCUCACAAAAGAAGAUGCACUUCUGUAGUCCAGCAGCUGGAGGAAGGCCCCUCUCACUCCUUCACCUGUCUGAGAGUGGAUUUGAAUUAACUCUGCACUUCCUUGCCUUUGAUUCCCAUAAACUCAGAGGUCUGUGCAUGGCUCUGGAGCCAGGAACAAGCACACCCAGGGGAAGCUGCUUGGCUUACUUCACAGCACAACAGCCACACACACCAAAGGGACAGCAGAGACUUCUGAAGGCCAGCCCCACGUCUAGAGGAGCACCUGAAGGCUCAGCUGAGCUUUUUGUCCUUUGUUUACCGUGGGUUAGAAAAGUGUGUUUUCUGGAGAUCUGCCAGAAGAGAGGAGAUGCGUCCUUCCCAGUUUCAAAGGCUAAAGACGUUACUUCUCCCUGAGGAAUUGUUUUCUACAGCACCACAAAGAGGAGAGCAGCCAUCGCAUUGGGAACUACAAUAGAACAGAAUUACUUCCAUUCAGCCUGGAUGGGAAAUGGAGGAGGUCAGUGUGUUGAGGCCGAGCAACGCCUCCUGCGCUACAGAUUUUGGCUUUGGGGAGUUGGAGGUGUCACUGGGAAGUUAACCUCACUCACACACCCCCCACCGGCGGUGGUGGUGCAAACAAGGGGUCCAACAAGCUAUACUUUUUACGCCAAAGCCUGCCAUUUCCUCCUGCCAUGUACUUUGCGUUGGGAGAUCUCUCACACUCUGCGUUUCUCAAUCCACCGCUGUGCUGCCAAUAACCUCCAACGUCCUUCCUAGCACAAAACUCAAGGACAGCUGUAAAGAAAUACUGUUAUUUAAGACAGGAGCCAGUUCCCAUUGGCGGAGGUGUGUCUGUACAAGGGGCUGCCACAACCUCAGAUGUAGAUUUCCGAUGUUCUUUGUUCUUUGUAUGUUGGCGAGUCUGUAUUUACAUAUGAAUGUGUGUGUUGGGGGUGUGUAUGUGUUGCGUGGCUGCUUGUGGGUGUCCCGCCCGGGGAAACUGUGGAAUUUGGGCUAAUGUGGGGGGCUGGAGACUGGGGGGAAUUCCAGAGUGGGGUGGAAAGUGGGAGGGACUUGGUUGAUCAGCAAGACAAGGGCCUAGACUGGGACCAAAAUCGUCUGUGCCUGUUGCUGUGGUGGUGAUUUACUUAGGAAGUCAAAAGUCGGUAUACGGUGGUGGCCCAUGCUUGUUGCUCUAUACAUAUGAAUAUACAGGACAUAUUAAGCAUAGUUAUAUUAUACAUAAUGUACUGGCAGAGGUUGUGGUCCCAAACCCCCUCUGGUUCUGGCUGGAGAGCUCUUCACUACCCUUGUGACGUCGCUUUGAUUUGGUGUGGGCCUGGACAUUGUGGUGGCGGCACCGUUCCAAAAAGCCCAGCCCUGACAAUAAAGGAAUGAGCAUUGUUGAAACAGGAGACCCGAUUCAUUCAUUAGCAUCACUCCUGACUUUGUUUUGGAGGGGGGUGGGGAGACACUUGCCCUAAACUAUCCCACCAUGGUCAGAUCUGACCUCCAUAGUAGAGCCCCACAUCACAAGCCGGAAAAGGUCCAGGCCAGCAGAGAAAGUAGAUGCUCAGGACAAACAGCAGAAAAAAUGUGGGGCUGGUUGGGGGAGCAUGACGAGAAAGCCCCAAAGUCUGCAGUUUAUAACGAUGAAAAUAAAAGUGUGUGAGCUAAUUAAAGAGAUUUCGGAUUGUGUCUGGCUGUUUCUUCGUCACAGUGGCUGGCUGGUCUUGUGAGUCUUUAUCGGGAAUCUUCUGCCCCCCCCCAUUCACUUCCCAGAACAGGGGCAUCACAG